GCGGCGUUCCCUCCCUCCUUCCGUCCUCGCGCGACUGAGACGGCAGGGCACGGGCGGGGCCUGCCUUCCCUGUGUCUCUCGCUCUCGUCUCUCUUUCUCCACCCACCUUCGUACCACACCGGGCUGACGUGGCCCGGGCCCGGUUCAGACAUGGCGGACGGCAGCAGGCAGAGCAAGCUGGCGUCGGCCAAGAAGAAGGUAGGGCGAGGCCGGAGCGCUGAGGGGAGAGGUGGGGGUGGCGGCGUUUCCCCCUCAGGCAGCAACUAACAGCAGCAGGAGGGGGAAGUAGGCGACAGCUGACGGGGCCUUCUUCGCCGGGGGGGGGGCUGUCUCCAGCUCCAGACACUCCCCGCUCUCCCCCUCCCCAGCUACGGAGAUGCCUGAUACCCCCGCCCCGCCUCAGCAUAGGCUUAGUGAGGAAUCCGCCUCAGAUGCGGCCCCUGAGCGCCUGGGAGAGGACCCCGCCCCCUGUGAUAGGUUUAAUGGGGGAGAUCCCUGCUUAUUAGAGCACCCCUUGAAGUCAUGGGAAGCGGGGGUCCUCCACGUGAGAGGUGUGUGUGUACGUAUGUGUAGGAGUGAAAGACACUCACGUCUUACAUGGGAGAUCGCUCCCCCCUUUAAAAUACCUCUUGAGUGCCUGAAAGACAACCCCUUCUGUAAUAGGAUGAAAUAGGGGAGGGAGAUCCCGUUCCUCUUAUUAAAACACCCCUUGAAGUCAUGGGGAAUUGGGUCCUCCAUGUGUGUUGGGGAGACCUUGCAUGGGAGACUGCCCCCCCCCCCCGUGUUAAAUUAAAACGCACUACUUCAGAUAUAGCUCUUGAGUGCCUGGAAGAGAUCCCCUCCCCCUCUUACUAAAACACCCCUUAAAGUCAUGGGAAUGGGUCCCCAUGGAAAAGUUUCGGGUUUGUGGUGGAGAGGCCCUUAUUCAUAUCUUGGACACAACUCUUGCAUGAGAAAUGCCCCCCCCUUAAAUUAAAUACCUUAACUUUAGCUCUUGAGUGCCUGAAAAAGGACAUCCCUCUAAUAGGUUUAAUGGAGGAGGGAGACCCCCCUCCCUUAUUAAAAUCACCUCAGAUAUAUCCCUUCAAUUCAUGAGAGGGGCAUCCUUCAUGUAUGUCAGGGGGGCAGAAGACCCUCUGUUAUUCAUACCUUAGACACACCCCAUGCAUAGGAGACAGCUCCCACUUUAACUAAACACCUAAGGUAUAAGUAGUCCUGGAAUGCCUGAAAGAAGCUCCCCUGCAAAGGGUUAGGCGGCACUCCUAACCUCACUUACCUGAAUGUAAACCCCAUUGAAUUAAAUAGGAUUUACAUCUGAUUGGGCAUUGCUUGGAUUGUACUGUCAAUGUGAGUGUGUUUGUUACACACACACAUGCUGCAUAUAUUACUUACUUCAGACUUACUCUUUGAAGCCAUCGAAGGGGUCUGUCCACCUGUGUUUGCUUUACCUUUUUACUUUUACAUGCUUAGGGUGUGUGUGAUAGACUUCUCUUAUUAUAUAGGUAUACUCUUCCCCUUGAAUAUAAUUUUUGUGGGGUUGAAAACUCUAAUAUUAAAUACCUUAGACACACACUGCUCGAAUUCCUGGAAAAAGAUGUACCAGUAGGUUUAGAGAGAGUGGAGUGUAGACCUCUUUAUUACACACCUUUAAAGACAUGGGAGGGUGUCCUCUGUAAUGAUUCAUUGAGGACGAUCUUCCUCUUAGACACAAAGUGGACACAUCCCACUUGAAUGCCUGAAAGAAAUGGUGGGCCCCUCUUUUAUUAAUAACUUGGAUAUGUCUCCUACAUGCAUGGAAGGAUAUCUCUCUAUAAGUUUAGUGGGGGUGUGGAGACCCCUCUUUAUUAAGCGCCCUCCCCCACAUAUCUUGAAUGUUUAAGAAGGAAAUCCCUCCCUUGCUAAACAUCUUUGACACAUCCUUUGAAUGCAUGGAAGGGGAUUCUCCCUUACAGAUUCAGAGAAACAUACUUUUGGGGUUUAAUCAAUGUAUGUAUAUGUGUAUUGGAGUGGUGGGAGAGAUUAUCACCUGUUAAAUGUCUAGGUCGCAUAAGUGAUCACCAAAGAAGAAGAAGAAAUUUAAAGCACUCUUCUACCACUUUUAACAGUCAAGCCUUCCUCCAAAGAAUCCUAGGAAGUAUAGUUUGCUAAGUGUGCUGACUGCACAGAGCUACAGUUUCAAGUACUGUUAAGACACUAUAGUUCCCAAUAUCCUCCAUGACUGUCAAAGUGGAUCAAGAUUUCUUUAAAUGUGUGGUGUGGGUGUGAUCCUAGACAUACCACUUGAAAGCCUGGGGAAGGAUUUGUUCUUGCCAUCAUUCUUUCCUCCUCAUUCUUUUUUUUAUUAAUAUAAUUUCACAGUUUUAGAAAGUGUUUUUCCUCAAACUUCUUAAAUAGUUAUUCUUAUAAUAAUCAAAAUUGCAAAAUAUACUAUGAUAUUAUGUGGGCUGUAGUGAUUGAUAUAUUGGAAAAACAAAGUAAUGAUUAAUAAAAGAGAAGCAAAACGGAAAAUCUAACAAUAGCCAUUUCCUCCCAGUACCUCAGUUUUAUUGUGAAUGCUAACCUAAUUUAAAAAAUGGUUUCAUUCCACCUUUCCCUCCAUGGGGAAUUAUUUUGCUCUUCUCUGGAAAAUGACCUUCUAGUGUCUUUGAGAAGUAUCAGGGUACAGUGGUACCUCGGGUUACAAACACUUUGGGUUACAGACUCCGCUAACCCGGAAGUAGUACCUCGGGUUAAGAACUUUACCUCAGGAUGAGAACAGAAAUUGUGCCGCCGUGGCACAGCAGCAGCAGCGGGAGGCCCCAUUAGCUAAAGUGGUACUUCAGGUUAAGAACAGUUUCAGGUUAAGAACGGACCUCUGGAACGAAUUAAGUACUUAACCAGAGUUACCACUGUAUCCACUUUUAUAGCAGGGAGGUCAAUCUGUGGCUUAAAAUCUGUUCCCAGAUUCCCUAACUCUUGCGUUAUUUGGGAUGAGAAUCUAGAUAGCAUACACAUUCUGCAAUACAUUCACCCUACACUUUGCCUAUUAUUAUUAUUAUUAUUAUGAUGCCAAUUAUUUUUUUUGAUUUUCCAUACUUUUUAACAAAUUGUCACCAAAUUAAUACAAAUUCAAUACAAUUUAAAAGCUGACUUCCCACCCACCCCAAAUGUCCCCUCUAUUUUCCUCCCUCCUUUGCUGCUCCCAAUAAAAUAACUAUUCCAACUAUCAUUUCAAAAUAUAUUCAUCCCUUCUGCCUACACAUCACCUGUUCAAUUACCAAUUUCUGCUAUGGCUUUUAUACAUUGUUAUAACCUGUCCUCAGAAUAGUUGUCUACUCUACUCUAAUCACCCUCCACUUUGUAGAUGUUAAGCUGUCGUUGUUCCACAUACCUGUAUGUGAACAUAAGAUAAUCAGAAGUUGAAAAUAGGUGAUCUCCCUAGCCUUUGCACCUGGUUGGAGGGGGACUGCAUCCAUUUAGUGAGGGCAGUAAAGAGCACCUACCCUUAUUGCAAAAGCAGUUACAGCCAUACCAUGAAUCACUGUGAAGCUGCUGCCUCAGGUAGGAAAGUUGGGUGCAGUUUGCAGAAGAUUUUAGGCAGCUGUCCAAACAUUUAGGCAAAAUGCACAUCCUUGUAUGGCAUGCACUAAUUUCUAGCGAUAGAAUGGUUGUGAUGAUGCCUCUAAACACAUGCCAGUUGUGCAAAUACUGUAUAUCCAGGUUAGUCACAUGAACUUAAGAGUCAUAUUUGAUACAUGGUAGCCCUUCUGUCAGAAGCAGCUUUUAAAAUUUGUCAUUGAAAAGCUGAUUGUUUCAAAGCUGCGGUAGUGACAUCCUUAAGCGGCCAAAUGUAGUUGGUGAGCAUUCGGCUUGGGAGGAAACAACUUGUUCAGAGCUACUCUAAUAUUUUUUUAUGAUGGCCUUAGUGGGUAUUUAUAAAAGACUGCUGGGAAGUCAUAAUUUGGUGGUUCAGGGGGUGGGGCUUCUGAAUUUCAUUACGAGCUCCCUCUACCUUUUCCCUAUCACAAAGUGAUAAAUUUGUAGGAAAGCUGGGGAGGUGAAAGAAAAUGACCAGCUAGCAGAAGGUGCAUGAAAGAGUGUUCCAGAAAGGCUUAGCUGACAUCACUUCCAGCAAGUGAUUUUUGAGGCCUGAUUUAACUAUAACAGUGGAUCUACGGUGUAGUGAUUUCUGCUUUCUAUCUUGAAGAAAAGUGUAGUGCUUGCAUUGAUACCACUUGCCAGUAGAUCUUCCAUCUCUUAAUCUCAGUAGAACAAUAAUUUUCUCCCAUGUUAUCAACAUGACCACACUGGAUAGAUAUGUGAGUAAAGGUAAAGGGGCCCCUGACCAUUAGGUCCAGUCGUGACCGACUCUGGGGUUGCGGCGCUCAUCUCGCUUUAUUGGCCGAGGGAGCUGGUGUACAGCUUCCGGGUCAUGUGGCCAGCAUGACUAAGCCACUACUGACGAACCAGAGCAGCGCAUGGAAACGCCGUUUACUUUCCCGCUGGAGCGGUACCUAUUUAUCUACUUGCACUUUGAUGUGCUUUCGAACUGCUAGGUUGGCAGGAGCAGGGACCGAGCAACUGGAGCUCACCCCGUCGCGGGGAUUCGAACCACCGACCUUCUGAUCGGCAAGAGUAGAAAGCAGUUAAAAUUGAGUUUACGAAUAUAAGGGAAUAGAGGACUUCGUCUUCUGAAUAUGGUUUGGCGGUAUGUUCAAGAGCAGUGAUUGCCAACUUAGACAGGAUUUAGGCCUUCAGAAAUUCCAUUUUUGAAUGCCAAAUUGAUUUGUCAUGAUUUUGUGGAUCGUAAUUUUUGGCUUAGUAGUGGGAGAUUUGAGUUCAUGUUACACUCAUAUUUUGAGGCAUGUUUUGGGCAAGUAACCUGCCUCAAUUUCUGAUGUGUUAACACAGGUGACCCUUCAUAACACAGAUAUUGUAUGGAUAAAAAUAGUGAGCAAAUUUUAUUCACAUCCUGAGCCUAGGAAUAUGAACAACAAUAUGUAUAUCUUCAUAAACCAAAACACUGAAUAAUAAUUAAAUACCCAAUUUGUAUCAUGUUUUUAAUAUCUGGCACUAUAGCUUAAAUGUUUUGAAGAAAUAAAUGUGUUAAAGUUAUAUAUAUAACCAGGUUUAGAAAUGCCACAGACAGCCAAACCAGCAUAAUUAGUUCAUCAUGGGCUACAGAGAAAUUGUUCUUAACAGCCUAGUUGUCAACAUGACUGGGCUCGUACAAGUAACUUCUCUGUAACAAGUAAGCACCUUGAAGUGCAGAUGGUUAAAAGUAAGAUGUAAUACAUUGUGGGAUUUUUAACCUUCCCUUGUGGGUGUGUCUGAAAACUCCCAGGUGCCUUUUUGCCCAGGCACCUAGCAAUUUGAAAUAUUUUUUUUCAAUUUUGCUUGUGUGCUUUCUCCAUAGCUUAAGAUGCUUAUGCUUAAGAAAUGGAAAAUAUUAUUUUUAAAAUUGAACUAUUCCUGGUAACAUCACCAGAUUCUUGUUAUGUGACCAUUUGAACUGUCAGUAAUUACUGGUUAAGUGUAUUGUAACCUAGUUAUAUUGCAAGUGUUUGCAAGGUUUGAAACUUGAACCUGGUGGUAUUGCCACAGACUCAGAAUUUGCAGAAUGCUUUAUGAAGUUCCCUGUUGACCACUCUAAUACUCUGAAAUUUAUUGAUUGACUCAAGAUGGGGUUUGCAUUCUGCCACUAUUGCGAGGUUUAGUUGAGAUGAAAUAGGAAAUGGGAGUUUCUGAAAGUUUUAACUAGAUCAGUGAAACUGAACCCUCUGGCACAUAACACAAAAAAGGACUAACAUGCCAAGGGCUUUUUCAUUCUACAGUGUGAUUGUCUUUAGCUUGCAGUUGCUCUAGAAAACAAACAGGUUUGUGUUUUCUAUAGUUGAACUAUAGUUUAAAGCAAACUAUUGUUUUGUGUGAACCAGUAGUGUGCUGUUGCAGGCUGCUCAGUCACACAGCCCUCCACCCCUCCCUUGACUGCUGCUGUAUUACAGCUGAAACAAUCCAGAGUCUGAUUUGUUUUGUUGUCCAAACCUGGGAUUCUGGUUUGUUGGUCUCCAAAGAGACCAUGAGCAAUAACCAAGGCUUGUUCUUAGCUUACCAUUAUAGUCUGUUUGGAGAAAGCAAACCAUGAAUGCAGUUUCAGAUGAUAUGAGAAGCCAGACUUUGCCUUUUUCAUUUGUAGAGCAGUAGCAGCAGGUGCAUAGAAGGAGCACUGAGGGAACUUCUAAGCAGCAUGCACUAGCAUGCUGCUUAAUCACCACAAACCAUUGUUUAUUUUAAACUAUAGUUUAAUGUGGUUUGUAAACCAUUCUGUACACCACCAAGUUCAAUAAUCACUCUGGGUCUUUUUCUUCAUCAGUUUUUACUGUGUUUUUUGUUCCAGCUCUUUCUGUUUUACUUCUUAGCUUUCAGUGUAGAAGGUUUAAUUAGUUAGACUUCAGGUUUUUCUUCUUUUUCUUAGCUGAAGGAAUAUCAACAGAAGAAUAGCCCUGGGUCAGCAGCUGGAGCAAAGAAGAAACGUAAAGGCAAAGAAGGAAGUAGACCAGAGACACCAACUAAUGAUGGCAGAGAGUCUCCUGAAAACGUGAGUGGCUUACUUAACUAUUUCAAAUGCUCCAAAAUAUUUUGCUUCUACUUCUGUUUGAAGAUAGUUUUAACACUGUAAAAAAUUGAAGAAGGCUGUGUGUUUUUCUUUAGUACUACAAACACCUUGAACUCAUUGGACAGAAGUGGGGUAUAAAUACAAUAAUCAGUUGAUAAUAGAUAAGUAAGGAUGGGAAAUUCAGUAGAAAGAAAUAUUUGGCUCCUUGGUUGUUUUGAGGGAAUAGUAGUAUAUAGUUUGUAUAUUCUGCUGGAGUGAAGGAGUUAGUUGCAUCUUUUCCUAAACAGAUUGCAUGCAAGCAAGUUACUCCCAUCUUGUUGGUAUUAGGAUCUCUGCCAUUUUCCUUUUUCUUGUUCCUUUGGCUUCAGGAACCCGCUGAACAAUGUUCUCAUUCUGUCCCUUUUCUCUGCUGUUUCUCUUUCCACUUUUCUUUCACCCCCUUUAGAUUCAGAACAUUCUGAAGGUGUUGGUGUCAGACCUUAACCGCUCCAAUGGGGUAGCCAUACCUUCAUUGGACAAGAGGAAGGUGAGGCAGCAUUCAGAAUCUGUCCAACUGGCUUGCUGUCCAUACUGCAUGAUUCAGUUCCUAUUUACAAAUUAGGGUUUCUUGGGUGGGUGGAACAGAUUUUGGGAUACUUGUCAUACUUGUUAGCUGCGUGAAUGUUGUUGGCUAUCAUUAACAUUGAACUAUUUUUAACCUUGUGUGCACUUCCCUUAAUGUGGCUCAAAUUACAAUUGUGAAGAAGGGUUGCUUCUUGGAUUUUUAAGAUUGCUUUGCUUAAAGCAGCUGUUUUGGAAUGUCAAGCAUAACUGAAGGGAUUGCCACCCCCAAUACUACUGUUUCCAAGGUGAUAGUGAAUGAAUGCAUAAGUAGCGUUGUUCACUGUGGACUGCGGGUUGGGCUUGACUUCCAUUUCGCUUGUGAUCUUUUCCGCAUGUUAGUGGGUUUUGUUUGUAUGUUGUAGAAGCACCUCAUCUCAGAAAUGCAUGUUCUUGCUCAUCUAUAUUCAGACUGUUGCCCUGGAGGAUAAGCUAUGUGGGUUAAUCAUGCCAACUCAUGAUUUGACAGGCAAUGAAAUUUGAACACAUGAUACAGUCUGAGGAGUAAUAAACAUUUAGAUUUACCUAGGCAGAAAAAGUCUUCCUAUUCCUUGUAUUACAAAGGACUGUUAGGAAAACUGAGUUUUGCAUACUUUGCUAACCCAGGUUGAAUUCAAUUAAAAAUAAAGGGCUGGGUCUAAUAGAAACCAGUCUGCUUGAGUUGGCUGCAUCUGAGUAUUUUUAAAGCACACACUUGCCAUGUUUUAGAAAGCAGAGAGCCAGUAAUGGUGUAGUAGUUAAGAGUCUUGGACCAGGCCCUGGGAGACCAGGACUCAAAUCUUACACUCAGCCAUGAAGUUCACUGGGUGACCUUGAGCCAGUCACUGUCUCUCAUCCUAACCUACCUCAAAAAGUUGCUGUGGGGAUUAAAUAAGGAAAGAGAGAACCAUGUGUGCCACCUUGAGUACUUGGAGAAAAAUGUGAUAGAUAAAUGCAAUAAAUUAAAAAUAAUAAACAUAAUUAGCUUUCCCCCCUGAAAAAUAUAUAAAUAUCAAAAUAAGUUGUGAAUAAACAACUGUCUGCAAGCUGUUUCUUCAUGUUUUAUUACCAUUGCUUAGUGAUAUAGCAUUUGCUGUUUAUUCAGAAGAAACGAGGUUCGAUCCCCACCAUCUCCAGGGAGUCCCUUUUCUGAAUUCCUGAAGAGCUGCUGCCAGUCAGUGUGGGCAAUGUUGAGCUAGGUGUACCAAUGAUCUGACUAGGUAAAGGGCAGCUUCCUAUGUUCCUUUAAAACUUUAGCUUUAUCUUUGGUGUUGGCAGAUGCCCACCAAACAUUUACAUUAACUUUGUGGGUGCCAUUUCAACUUACUGUUGCAUUUGAAUUCAGGCAUCAAAAUAACCAUAUUGUAUUGGUUACAAGAUCAGGGGUGGAAAGUAAAGGGGUGUGUUAUCUUCAAAAUCCUAUUAUGAGCAAAAUACUGUAUGUGGAUUUUUUAGAUGGAAAGCUGCACAUUCCUGCAGGAAAUGCAACGGUUGUAAAAGUUACAAGGCCUAUUUCCUAUGAAGCUGGAUGGCCUAUGAGGAUGUUAGGCUGGUAGCUGGUGUUGUUGUUUGUAUUGUAUAGGGCAAGGAUAUGAAAUCUGUGGCCCUUCAGGUGUUGUUGGAUUCCAGCUCCUAUCACCUCUGAUAUGAAUUAGGAGUCCAAUAUCUCAUUCCCCAUGUCUGGUAUAAAGUCAAUCUUUCAGUUAUUUCUGAGGAUGAUAUUUCAUGAGGACAUGGGCUUCAUGAAGAAAGUGUUGGACUUCAGCAUGGAAACCCGAGUCUAGGUCUGUCUUAACCAUUGAAAGUCAAUCGGUCUCAGUUCUCCAGCUGUAACUUUAAAAUAAUAGAGUUCUGUAUUCAGUAUAUCCUGGCUUUUUGAGCAGAAUAUAUUCAAGGCGAAUUAUAAUAAAUAGGCUAUAAACGUCUCUGGAGAGGCUAUUCCAUCAUUUGGCUACCACUAUGGAAAAGGCUUCAUCUUUCAGGAUACCUACAUUAUCCUAAGCAGAUUGACUGUUACACAGUAAAAGGAAUAUUGGCCCUAAUCUUUGUUGUUGUUGUUUAGUCGUUUAGUCGUGUCCGACUCUUCGUGACCUCAUGGACCAGAGAACGCCAGGCACUCCUGUCUUCCACUGCCUCCCGCAGUUUGGUCAAACUCAUGCUGGUAGCUUCGAGAACACCAUCCAACCAUCUCGUCCUCUGUCGUCCCCUUCUCCUUGUGCCCUCCAUCUUUCCCAACAUCAGGGUCUUUUCCAGGGAGUCUUCUCUUCUCAUCAGGUGGCCAAAGUAUUGGAGCCUCAGCUUCACGAUCUGUCCUUCCAGUGAGCACUCAGGGCUGAUUUCCUUAAGAAUGGAUAGGUUUGAUAUUCUUGCAGUCCAUGGGACUCUCAAGAGUCUCCUCCAGCACCAUAAUUCAAAAGCAUCAAUUCUUCGGCGAUCAGCCUUCUUUAUGGUCCAGCUUUCACUUCCAUACAUCACUACUGGGAAAACCAUAGCUUUUACUAUACGGACCUUUGCUGGCAAGGUGAUGUCUCUACUUUUUAAGAUGCUGUCUAGGUUUGUCAUUGCUUUUCUCCCAAGAAGCAGGCGUCUUUUAGUUUCGUGGCUGCUGUCACCAUCUGCAGUGAUCAUGGAGCCCAAGAAAGUAAAAUCUCUCACUACCUCCAUUUCUUCCCCUUCUAUUUGCCAGGAGGUGAUGGGACCAGUGGCCAUGAUCUUCGUUUUUUCGAUGUUGAGCUUCAGACCAUAUUUUGCGCUCUGCUAUUUCACCCUCAAUAAAAGGUUCUUUAAUUCUUCCUCACUUUUUGCCAUCAAGGUUGUGUCAUCUGCAUAUCUGAGGUUGUUGAUGUUUCUUCCAGCAAUCUUAAUUCCGGCUAGGGAUUCAUCCAGCUCAGCCUUUCGCAUGAUGAAUUCUGCAUAUAAGUUAAAUAAGCAGGGAGACAAUAUACAGCCUUGUCGUACUCCUUUCCCAAUUUUGAACCAAUCAGUUGUUCCAUAUCCAGUUCUAACUGUAGCUUCUUGUCCUACAUAGAGAUUUCUCAGGAGACAGAUGAGGUGAUCAGGCACUCCCAUUUCUUUAAGAACUUGCCAUAGUUUGCUGUGGUCGACACAGUCAAAGGCUUUUCAUAGUCAAUGAAGCAGAAGUAGAUGUCUUUCUGGAACUCUCUAGCUUUCUCCAUAAUCCAGCGCAUGUUUGCAAUUUGGUCUCUGGUUCCUCUGCCUCUUCUAAAUCCAGCUUGCACUUCUGGGAGUUCUUGGUCCACAUACUGCUUGAGCCUUCCUUGUAGAAUUUUAAGCAUAACCUUGCUAGCGUGUGAAAUGAGUGCAAUUGUGCAGUAGUUGGAGCAUUCUUUGGCACUGCCUUUCUUUGGGAUUGGGAUGUAGACUGAUAUUCUCCAAUCCUCUGGCCACUGCUGAGUUUUCCAAACUUGCUGACAUAUUGAGUGUAACACCUUAACAGCAUCAUCUUUUAAAAUUUUAAAUAGUUCAGCUGGAAUACCAUCACUUCCACUGGCCUUGUUAUUUGCAGUGCUUUCUAAGGCCCAUUUGACUUCACUCUCCAGGAUGUCUGGCUCAAGGUCAGCAACCACACUACCUGGGGUGUAUGAGCCAUCCAUAUCUUUCUGGUAUAAUUCCUCUGUGUAUUCUUGCCACCUCUUCUUGAUGUCUUCUGCUUCUGUUAGGUCCUUACCACUUUUGUCCUUUAUUAUGGUAAUCUUUGUACGAAAUGUUCCUUUCAUAUCUCCAAUUUUCUUGAACAGAUCUCUGGUUCUUCCCAUUCUGUUGUUUUCUUCUAUUUCUUUGCAUUGCUCGUUUAAGAAGGCCUUCUUGUCUCUCCUUGCUAUUUUUUGGAAAUCUGCAUUCAAUUUCCUGUAUCUUACACUAUCUCCCUCGCAUUUUGCUUGCCUUCUCUCCCCCGCUAUUUGUAAGGCCUCGUUGGACAGCCACUUUACUUUCUUGCAUUUCUUUUUCAUUGGGAUGGUUUUCGUUGCUGCCUCCUGUAUAAUGUUGCGAGCCUCCAUCCAUAGUUCUUCAGGCACUCUGUCCCGCAAAUCUAAAUCCUUAAACCUGUUCCUCACUUCCACUGUGUCUUCAUAAGGGAUUUGGUUUAGAUUGUAUCUUAUCGGCCCAGUGGUUUUUCCUACUUUCUUCAGUUUAAGCUUGAAUUUUGCUAUAAGAAGCUGAUGAUCUGAGCCACAGUCAGCUCCAGGUCUUGUUUUUGCUGACUGUAUAGAGCUUCUCCAUCUUUGGCUGCAGAGAAUAUAAUCAAUCUGAUUUCGAUGCUGCCCAUCUGGUGAUCUGGUAGAGUUGUCUCUUGUGUUGUUGGAAAAGCGUGUUUGUGAUGACCAGCUUGUUCUCUUGACAGAACUCUAUUAGUCUUUGCCCUGCUUCGUUUUGAUCUCCAAGGCCAAACUUGCCAGUUGUUCCUUUUAUCUCUUGAUUCCCUACUUUAGCAUUCCAAUCCCCUAUAAUGAGAAGAACAUCCUUUUUUUGGUGUCACUUCUAUAAGGUCUUGUAAGUCUUCAUAGAAUUGGUCAAUUUCAGUUUCUUCAGCACCAGUAGUUGGUGCAUAAACUUGGAUUACUGUGAUGUUAAAAGGUCUGCCUUGGAUUCGUAUCGAGAUCAUUCUAUCAUUUUUGAGAUUGCAUCCCAGUACAGCUUUCGCCACUCUUUUGUUGACUAUGAGGGCCACUCCAUUUCUUUUACGGGUUUCUUGCCCACAGUAGUAGAUAUGAUAGUCAUCCGAACUGAAUUCGCCCAUUCCCGUCCAUUUUAGUUCACUGAUGCCCAGGAUAUCAAUAUUUAUUCUUGCCAUCUCAUUUUUGACCACAUCCAACUUACCCAGGUUCAUGGUUCUUACAUUCCAGGUUCCUAUGCAAUAUUUUUCUUUACAGCAUUGGACUUCCCUUUCGCUUCCAGGCAUAUCCGCAACUGAGCGUCCUUUCGGCUUUGGCCUAGCCGCUUCAUCAGCUCUGGAUCUACUUGUACUUGUCCUCCGCUCUUCCCCAGUAGCAUGUUGGACGCCUUCCGACCUGAGGGGCUCAUCUUCCAGCAUCAUAACUUUUAUAUGCCUGUUGUCUUUGUCCAUGGAGUUUUCUUGGCAGGGAUACUGGAGUGGCUUGGCGGUUCCUCCUCCAGGUGGAUCACGUUUGGUCAAAACUCUCCACUAUGACCUGUUCAUCUUGGGUGCCCUGCUCGGCAUAGUUCAUAGCUUCUCUGAGUUAUUCAAGCCCCUUCGCCACGGCAAGGCAAUGAUCCAUGAAGGGGACCUAAUCUUUAGGAUAAGCCAAAUGGUGGUUAAAAAAAAGAAAGAAAUGCUGUUCCCUUGAGAUGAAACAGUGUUUGUUCAGUGAAAAUGUCCCUUGGGAUAGUGGCCAGAUUGAAGCUUUUUGCUUUGAAAUGGAGAAAUACUCUUUUAGGUAGAAGUGAGUUGUCUUCAGUGAUAUGCUACCACAGAAUGACAUGUUUCAAUCCAGUUAUGUAGCCAGUGAGUUCCAAAUUUUGGUUCAUGAAUUAUCUGGGGAGCUGAGAACAAACUUUCCUUUCUUUCACUUGGGAAAUGGGGAAUGUAUUAGCUAUUUGCUUUUCUAUAUUGCCCAUCCUCCAAAUAGCUCAGAGGAGCACACAUGGUUCUCCACCCACCCUUUUAACCUUGCAGCAAUCCUAAAAGAGACUGACUGGCCGAGAGUCACUCAGUAGAGAUUUGAAUUCAGGUCUCCCAGUCUUAGUCUGACACCAUGCUGAUUCUCUGCACUAAUUUAUAUCACAGUUUGUGACAAUAUAUGAGAUCAGUGUAAAACCUUCUGCCCAUGUGAUUAACAAUCCAGUGAAAGAUAAAGAUAAAGAUAAAGAACUGCUAUGCCUGCUGGCCCUGCCCUUGUAUCACCACUUCCUCCUCUGCUGUCUGCACACUGUUGUGUGUACAGGCAUAUGUGUAGAAGACAAAUUGCCCUAUGUGUGUAGGCUCCAACUGCAGUGUGUGAUGGUACAUGAUCAGGGUCCAUUGCUCUAAAGACAUGAACCCUUAAUACGUACACGGCAGCAGUAGGUGAAUGCCUGAAUAUGGCUAGUGUUUGAUACAGUAGGUCCUUUAAGGGUGUUACACUCCUAACUCACACACAUUCUUUAUUUCGGUCCAAAGACCCACAAAAACAUUUUCAGAAGCAAAAUAAAACAGAAAUACAAGAAAAGGAUUCUAAGGCAGUCACUAUGUUUUAUCCAGACCAUGUUGGUUAAUAUUUCUUAUUACUUCUGAGAGGAACUUAGCCAUGCCCAGGGUAGUAUCAUUUGACAUAUAUCCAAGGAGGUACUUGAGAUGGAAAGAGUCGGGUUUUCCAGUUAAGUUUACCAAUAGGGGUUUACUUAAUUGAUCCCUGGUAUGUUGGACUGGAAAAGACCCUGAUGUUGGGAAAGAUGGAGGGCACAAGGAGAAGAGGACGACAGAGGACGAGAUGGUUGGAUAGUGUUCUCGAAGCUACCAGCAUGAGUUUGACCAAACUGCGGGAGGCAGUGGAAGACAGGAGUGCCUGGCAUGCUCGGUCCAUGGGGUCAGGGAGAGUCGGACACGACUAAACAACAACAACAACAUGUUGGACUGCUCACUGUGCAGUAGAAUCGACACCCUGAGAGCACUCUUAACUAGAAGGAGGGUUCCUGAACUCUUUUUGGUAGAAUGUCAGAUUUAGUGAAAUGCUACCUUGGAAUACUUAUUUGACUCUACUGGGCAGAAAAGAUGAAUACUGGCAACUGAGAUAAUAUUGUUAUUUGUGCUUGCACAACCUCUGUUGCUGGGCCUAGGCAGAACAGAAAUCUUUCAGUAUAGCUCCUGAAAGAAAAUCAUGUACCUUCAGAGGUACAUGUCACCAAUGUGUGAUCUAUUUUCUUGAGGCUACCGCAUGUUAUAGGCUUCAGAGAUUUUUGUCUGAGAAUGAGCUUUUAUCACUUUGGGAGGCUGAUUGCAUUAACAGUUGUACAAUGUGUCAAAGGACAAAGUGCGUAUUUGAAGAUCUAACAAAUGUGUCUCUUUGUCCCCUGUAUGUGUUCUUGGGAACAAAAGUGCCAGGAUAAAAUGAAGGGUAGAGAUGCUUGCGCAGGGAAGGGUGGGUGGGUACCAGCCAUUCUAGCAAUACUUAAAAUUUCCAUGGUAAUAAAAACAUAUAGGAAGAGCCCUACUGGGUUCGGCUGAAGGCCCAUGUGGUCCAGCAUCCUCUUCUCACAGUGGCCAAUCAUGGCUUAGCAUGGAUAAGCAAACAUGCAGGUUCCAGGAGAGUUGACAGUUGCUUUAUUCUUCAUUUUGUCUUGCUGCUGCUAGUUUGACUUAAUAUUAUGCCCAAACCCAGAUUCAUGAUUUAUUUUACUGCAGACAGAACACAAGCUGUAGCCCAAGUUUGUUAUAUGACGUGACAAACCAUUUGUGGUUUGUCUGGAGCAAGAUAAACCAUGAGUCUGGGUUCAGACAUGUUGCUCACAGCAGUGUGGCAGCAGCAGGACCAGAGGAGUAGCAAAACAACUCUGGAUCUUCUCCCUAAAAAUGAGCCUAAUGCUUGAAUGGUGUUAUAUCUGAACUGAGUCACUUUAUUUCUUUCUCCCUCCCAGCCCUGUUGGCCGCUUUUUCAAAUUUGCUGCCUCUUCCCUUUCUCUAAUACUUAGAACAGAGGUCGGCAAACUUUUCUGCCCGCGGGCCAGAGCGCGCACGCACCCGUGCACAUGCACACAUGCACACAUGCCCGCCGCUCUUUGCCUAUUGGCUUUCGGAGCCAUGGUAGCAGAGGAGGAGGCAUCUGCGGCUUCCUAUUGAUUGCAGGAGCUUCCUGCAGCCGAUAGGAAGCUGUGGCUGUGUCCUGGAAGGCAGUCCCCACACAGAGCUAAGCCACACAGAGCUAAACCAGCGCGCCACACCUGUUUAGCUCUGUGCGGGGACUGACUGAGCAGGCAACAAUGGCCGGGGGGUGGUUUAACUUCGUCUUAACUGCCCCCUUUUCCAGGGAGUCUUCUCUUCGCUUCCCUGGAAAAGACCCUGAUGUUGGGAAAGAUGGAGGGCACAAGGAGAAGGGGACGACAGAGGACGAGAUGGUUGGACAGUGUUCUCGAAGCCACAAACAUGAGUUUGACCAAACUGCGGGAGGCAGUGGAAGACAGGAGUGCCUGGCGUGCUCUGGUCCACGGGGUCACGAAGAGUCGGACACGACUAAACAACAACAACAACAACACCCCCUUGGGCUGUAGUUUGCCAACCCCUGGCUUAGAACUUCAUCCAUGAGCUGUUUGCGGGCUUGGGAUAUAUCUCUUUGGAUAUUUAAUAACUUGAACCUAGGGUUAGUGUGCACCAGUUCACUGAGGUCUAACAGACAAUAUUCCUCUUUACAUUCAGUUUAAAUUUGGUCCCUGGUUGCCAGUCUCUAACUUCGGUGUCUUGGAAACCACGGACAACACUUUGGGAGAAACGUUUUCCCCACUCCCACUAUACAAUCUAGGUGUGUAUAGUGACUCAUUCUGUUCCAUCCCUAUCUGAUUAGCUGUCUUCCCAGGAAUAUGCACUUUGCAAAAGUAAAGGAUCAAUGUAACAUGAACCAUGUUGAGGUUGGCAUUGCCCACCAUGUUUGCAUCACACCAAAAACAUUGAACUGAUUUCUGCAAGAAGUUCCAGCAGAUAGUGACAGUUCACAGGAUUAGCUUUUUUUGGGUACAUGUACAUUUUUUGUACAUUGUUCUGAGAAGAGCAUUCCUCCGCUGAUCUGCCUCUAGGUUUGACAGGUUCUUCUAGAAAUGGUGCAUGCUUGUAUUCAUCUGGGUUCCCCCUCACCUGCAUGGUGCUUGUAAUCUUUAUGGUAUGUUUUGUGACAGGCAUACUGUGAUGGUGAUGUUUCCGCUCACAAUGCUGAACAACUCGCUGCUGGUGUCCACAUGCUGUCUAACAGCAACAGUUUGCCUAGCUCUGCCGCUCCAAGUCCUGGUAGCAUGCAGCUGUUGCAGGUUUGUCAAUGUUUGCAUCCCCCACACUGAACACCCUAGAUAACUUUGUGUGUGUGUGUGUGUGCGUGCGUGUGUGUAUUUGAAAUAUAAAGCAAAGCAUACUUCCCAAAAGAGCGGGGAGGUGAUGGUAACACAGACAUUUCAGUUACCAACACUGGCCUGUCAGUCUGCAACUAUAGGAGGAUUUGGCUAUACAGAACACUUAGAUUUAGGUUGCACAAUACAUUCCUUCCUCAUCUCUCAGUCUUCAGCCAUUGAUUGAAUGUAGUUUCGUUGGAAGGGUAAGAUGAGUACAGUUGGGCACCGUGUUGGGCACUGUGGCCCCCUAAGCUCUCUCCUUUAGCCUAUAGAUUAGCUUUCACAUCUUAACAUUUAUUUGUACAUCUCUUCUAGAUGGUUGAAAUGUAAGGGCAAUAGUAAAGCCAAAUAUUUGUCUACUCUGUUUCCAUAUCUGCCAAGCCCUGAGGCUAAUUUCCUUCUUCUUAGGUAAUAAAUUCAAGAUAGGAAUAACUUGAUGGUGUCAACCAACUGGUUUAGCACCUUCUGCCUGUCUGUUCAGCUUAUAUGCAAUUUAUAUUAAUGUGUGUGAGCUGUGGCCCUCUGACUCAUGAUACAUAUCCUCUGUGGUUCCUUGUGUACUGAAGUUGUCCAUUCCUGAUCUACAGUAAUGAAUAUUUCUAUAUUUUUAAAAAAGUAAGUGUUAAUUGAAAAAUUCCUAACAAAACAAAGUGAUAGACAACCAGCCUGACCCUUUGCUUGAGCAUUAAAUAUGUGAAGCUUAUUAAGUAUUUUUUCUUGAAUUGUGCUAUGGCAGGGGUCAGCAAACAUUUUCAGCAGGGGGCUGCUCCACUGUCCCUCAGACCUUGUGGGGGGCCGGACUAUAUUUUGGAGGGGGGGAAAUGAACAAAUUGCUAUGCCCCACAAAUAAAACACGCUGAUUCCCAGACUGUCCAUAGGCCGGAUUUAGAAGGCAAUUUGGCCCGAUCUGGCCCCCGGGCCUUAGUUUGCCUACCCAUGUGCUAUGGUAUAGAAGUCUAGGUGUGCUGUGUUUUGUGCAUCCUGUGUUGAAGCAGUCCUCAGGGCAGGUAUGCAAAACCUGUGGCCUUCCAGAUGUUGUUUAACUCCAGCUCCCGUUAGUCCUAGCUGAUGGGCAGGGAUGAUGGGAGCUGGAAUCCAACAACAUGUGGAGGGCUGCAGGUCCUUCAUUCUUGCGUUGGGGAAUAAAGCAAUGGUAGAUGUUGUGAGGUGUCACUCAGAAGGAGAGGAGUGUAUCCAGUCUUUUGUUGGAGUUACAUAUAUCUGUGCAUGUGCAUUCUUAUACAUAUCCAUAUAUUUGUGUUUCUGCUUUCUACUACAGUAAUGUAUCUUUUUUAUUUCACAGAUCUGUGACACUGAUCAUAAAAAUGCCUUGGAAGAAAAUAGGUGAGAGGUUUCUCUCUGUAUUCUCUCCUGCUCUCUCGAUCAUAUUCCAGUCACUAAAAAUGAGGAUUGUUCUUAAUGUCUACUUUAUUACAGAUGUUUGUUGUGUGUCAUCUUCCUUUUUUAGGUCCCUCUCAUUGGCAGAUAGUCUCCGCCAGCUGUCUGAACAGCUUAAUGGCAUGGUCAAUCAGGUAAAAGCCAAGUUCUUCUGAUCUGUCUAUCUUAGAAUCAUAGACCUAGAAGAGAUCUCAAAGGACACCUAGUCCAUCCUUCUGCUGAUGCAGGAAAUCUGCAACUACAACACCCCUGAUUAUAGUCCAUCACCUUCUAAGGCAAUCUGUUUCACUGUUGAACACCUAUCAUACUGUCAGGAAGUUCUUCCUAAUAUUUAGUCCUUUUCUUUCUUUUUUGGUGAUUCGAGUCCAUUGGUCUGGGUCCUACCCUCUGGAAUAAAGAGAGCAAAUUUGCUCCAUCAUCUGUGACAGCCCUUCAAAUAUCUGAAGAUGGCUGUUAGAUUGCCUCUUAAUCGUUUCUUAUUUUUAUAUGGCCAGCUCUUGAAUUUUCAGUUAUUGUAUGGUUCCUUGCAGCCAGACAAUAAAACCUGAAGAUGCUUUCAGACUGAAAGCCAGAAAUGGUGUGUGUCAUGUGACCUGUGGGAAGUGUGUGUGAAUGAGAUAUACUCAAGGGUUAUACACUGGUAACACAUGAAAGGGCUGCUCGCCUUCUCUUAAAGAAGCUGUUUCCUGUCUACAGUCAUACCUUGGAUCCCGAUCACCUUGUGAGUUGACUGUUUAGGCUCCCAAAUGCCACAAACCGGAAGUGAGUGUUCCGGUUUGCACAUGUUCUUUGGAACCUGAACGUCCGACAUGGCAUCCUAUUGGCUGCAGGAGAUUCCUGCAGCCAAUCGGAAGCUGUGCCUUGGUUUCUGAACUUUUUGGAAGUUGAACAGACUUCCGGAACGGAUUCCAUUUGACUUCUGAGGUACCACUGUAUUUCUUAUCAGAGGUUCAAAUUCCAUAGAUGUAGCCUUGUUAGCCUGUUAAUCUUGUGACAUCUUAAAAGUGGCAUAUUUAUAUUCAAGAAACUAUAUAGUUCACCACUGGAACCAUCCUGGAAUAAUCCAGUUUAAAUACAGCUAGACAAGAAGCAGUUAAAAGCAUCUCAGCACUAAAACAACAGGAGUAGUAAUAAUUGGCCAUAUUAUCCAAGGCUUUUUCAUCUAUAUGUAAAUCUGCUAGUGGUCCAGUUUGCGCAUAAUGCUAAGUGUGAAUGACCAUGGUUGCAAGUACUUAGCAAAAAUUGCACCCUCUUUGCUCCUCCCCUGGUCCUGCUGGUGCUGUGCUACCUGGGGGGUAAGCCAUUGUUUAGCUUAGCAUUGCAUAUUAACUCAUAUAUGUGGUUUCCCUUGAGUCCAAACCAUGAACAGGGAGCCAAACAGCUCACUGCAAGCUUGCUCUGAGUGCCCAUGUGUUUCCUCUUUAUAUAUAACCAUUAUGUGCAAAUGAAAUUUGUUUAAGCCAUGGUUUAACAAACUAUGAGCUAAUGAGAGGUUGUCUCACAGACAAAUCAAAUUGUGGUUUGUUUUCUGGAGAUUCGUACCUAACACCUUAUAUUUUAGAGUGUGGUGGUCAAGCAAACAUAGUCAAGGAAGAGUGCUGCUUUCACAUAUAAAAUUAAGCCAUAGGUAAAACAAACUUAGGUUUAUAAGCCAACAGCAAAGCAUUGCUUCUAAUUGUGGAUUGUUUGUAGUAAACCAUAUUUAAGCUGCUGGACUGAGUUUGCACAUAAUGCUAAGCCAUGGUUUAAUAAACCAGAAUUUUGUGUUAUGUGUGAACCAGGACAGCAGAGAGGUUGUGGGGUAGAAACACAUUUUUAAAAAUAGCCUCUCUGUGGGUAAAAAGCUAGCAUGCCAGGAAGAAAGAUACUAGCCCAGUCUGUUGUUCUAGUUUUCUACCUAUAGUUCAGGUGUCUUUAUUUUUAGUGCAAGAGAACACUUUGCACUCCGUUUAUGAUCUAAAGUGUUACACUGAAUUCUGCUACCUCAAUACUUUACUGCUUCGUGUUGGCUGCAUGUGUAAAUCAAACCUAAAAGAUCCUCUGAUCUAUUAUCAGUAUAUUAUGAGGGACAUUUAUCUUACCUGAACCAUGUACAGUGGUACCUCUGGUUACGAAUUUAAUUUGUUUCGGGUUGCCGUGUGCACCCCAAAAAAUCCGUAACUAGAGGGGCCGCUUCUGUGCACGCACGGCACAAUAGAGCGCUUCAGCCAUAACCUGAAGAUUCUGUAACCUGGAGGUUACACAACACGAGGUACCACUGUAUGGGGUAUUUUACUUGUAGAACUUCCAACACAAUCUACCUUAGCAUUAAUCAUAGGAAGGGGAAGAGUGCCUGUAAUAUAGGUGGGUGUUUGAAGGAACCUCUUGCCGUAGUGGGUACACUAAGUUACCUUUCUGUUUACUCUCCAGUUUCAAAAUUUUCUUAUUCUGUAGGAGUGUUGUCAUCCCACUAAGGGAAAUAUUUAACUGAAAUUCAUGUUCACAUUUUCCAAGUUAACUAGUUGUGAUGGCAAAUAUCUUGUAUUUUACAGCCCACGGCCUAUGUGAAUGGGGAAGAUGCCACAUCUUCAACAGAUAUGAAAGAGAUGGCAGUAAGUGCAGUGCUCCUGGCUCUUUGUCAGUCUGCAUUUCUUUGAACAAUAUAGUAACGAAUCUAGUGUGUGUACUAGUAAUAAGAACUUAACUUGAGUGCAAGAAAUGACAACAACAUUGCAUGUUAAAGUUUUACUUGUUUAGAUGAAGGCUCCUGCAGUGGCUUUUAGACUGGAUUAUGGAAGUGUAAAGAUCCAUCCUGAUGUUCCUUUGAAAGGAGAUUAAGCUUUUGGUGGUUUAGUAUGUAUUUGGUAGUGGUGGGGGAUGAUGUGUUUGUGUAAGAAUGGGCACCACAAAUUAGUUCAACUGUGAUGCUGAUUAUUAUUUUCUCUCCCUUUUUUAAUAAUUUGCCUUUUCUCCCCUUUUCUACUCCCUUCCUCUUCCUCCUCCUCCUCCUCCUGCUAUCUGCAUGUGCCCAUCAGACACGUUACCAGGAGCUGGCAGUAGCCCUAGACUCCAGCAAUCUAACAAACAAACAACUCAGUACAAAGAUAGAGGAAUUGGUAAGAAAUAACCAGACCAAAAUGUUUGGCCUUGUCUUGCUGCUCCUCUGUGCUCUCUGGGUGUCUGCAAGGAUUUGGGUUCUUUCACAGUGCCACAAAGAAAAGUGCCAAAGGGGUGCGGAGGGAGUGAGGGAUCAGACUAAUCUAAAUAAAAAUAGAGAAAAAGGGGGAAAAGGAAGAGAGGGGAAAAAACAAAGAGACAGAAUAGGAGGGGAGAGGGAGAGAGAAUACAGAGCCCUCUUUAUACAGAGCCACAAAGGGGAGGAUACCCUCCCAGCUCUCACCUGGGUUCUUCUGUUUCUACUCCCAGCCUGAAAGUUCUUCCCUUCUCUGCUUCUCAUGCAGAGUCCUUCAUCAGUCCUUCAUCAUCUUCGUCUGAUUAUCCUCAUCAGCUCAAGGUAGAGGACAUCAAAAGAUGAAAUAAAACGUGAACAAAAAUAGAAUUAACCAAAAAAGGGACAAAAGCUAAAUAUCAUUAAAAAGGAAAAGGAAAAUAGAGAUCAAGGCAAUAGAGGACUUCUUAUUCUCCAUUUGCCCAUUAUGUAUAUUUAGAUUAUUCAAAGUAUUCAAAACAUUCACUCCACAAUAGCAUCCCACUGUAUUCUAGGACAAUGUCCAACUGUUCCUCAAUCUGCUAGGUGUUGUUUUUUCAAUCUUCAGUCCUAGACACCUGAAGUUCAUUUAUUUUCCUUUCUACACAAAAAGACCAAAAGGGGCUGUUUCAGUUGCUAUUAUUACUAGAUAGCAAGAUUAUUCUUCCUCCAUUCCAGUAUAACAAUUUUAUUUCCAAGAGGUUUCCUUAUAAUAAUCCACAGUUAUUUGUUUAUUGCAUGUUUAUUAAUUGGUACCCAAGUCCGUAUCUUUCAAUCCCAUUUCCUGUUGGCCAUGAUUAAAGGGACUCUUGAAGGUGAUCCAGUAGUGGCUGUCACAGAUGGAAGUUCAGGGUCCAAGAGUAAAACAUUGGUCUGAGCCUAUCACCUUAAGCACACUCAUGUCUGUGCAUUGAUGUGACCUCUUUCUGUCUCCUUACUGUGAACAGGUGUGUUCAUCUUUUAUGCUGUGCCUACAGAACUACCUUGUGGGAGGAUGUGGGAGAGAAAGAGGUUCCUUGCUUUCAUUUCCCAUAGAGAAAUGGGAGGCAAACCAAAAUCACAGAGGAUUUUGAUAGCCAAGAACUUGCCCACUUGCAAGAGAAGUGGGUUGCAAGAGAUAAGUAGAGAUUAAAUUUAGUAAUCAAGUAAGUCAGUUGCCAAGGUGGUUUAUACCCAGGUUUAGUCUUUUUUGGGGAGGAGAAAUUUGUUUGGAAAAUAGCUGAGUUUCAACCUCUCUCCUAUUCAUAAAUGUAAGUGCUAAUUGUAUUGGUUUUCAGCAUCUGUUGAGAGUUCAGGAAUGCACACAAAUAGAGACUUUAAAAGUAGGGCUUGCUUUGAUUCUACUUUGCAAUUGCAUGAUGAGCUGCUGCUGAACUUCUCCUAACUGGAACAGCGUUGACUCUAUUGAAUCUGUUUCAACAAAGAUUGGGGCUUAGCUUUCUAGACUUAAAACAUGGGGAUAGUGAGUGACCAUCUUUUGAGCAACAGUGGCACUGUGAGUGAGCCUGUUUGUCUUUAGCUUGCAUGGGUGGCUUCUGCUACUGUUACUUUACUCACUGCCUUUUAAAAUACAGCUAGAAAUAUGUGAGGCCUGUUUUCAGUCAGCAAAGAGUCCUGCAUUGUUUGGAAUAUCCCUCCACCCCAUUUCACCCUCCCCAGCUUGUUGCAUGGCUUCUCUUAGUUUUUGCUGCAUUGUUCUUUUCUUUGUGUCCCCUACCCCCUCCCUCCUCCACACCCGCUGUAGCAUUUCAAUCGGCAACUGAAAUGCCUUGUGUUUCAGCACUGCUUACAAAUGGCUUUUGCCAUUUGCAGGCUGACAGGAACAUGAAGUGCUCUUUUAUUGGGUGUUGAGAAUUCUCGGGGCGAGGGGAGCCAAAACAGUGUAUUGAUUGGGAGGGCGGGGAAGGAGUGAACUUUAAAAAGAAAAGAAAAGCAGACUUUGCAGACAUGCUUACUUCAUUUGUUUUUGUAAGGGACUACAUAGAACAAUUGAUGUAACAAAAUUUGUAUUGGGCAAAGAAGACUUCUCGCUCAACCUCUGUGCCCUCCCCAUGUCUUUCUGGAUUCUAAGGCCCAGUUCCGACCAAAAAAAUGUACAAAGGCUUAUGUGUGUAAGCCUUGGAUCAGGGGUCAGCAAACUUUUUCAGCAGGGGGCCGGUCCACUGUCUCUCAGACCUUGUGGGGGGCCGGACUAUAUUUUGGAAAAAAAUAUAUGAACGAAUUCCUAUGCACACUACAACAUAAUGUAUUUGUAGUGCACAAAAAACAGGAAAAGCUAAACAGUAUUUAAAAUGAAGAACGAGUUUAAUCAACAUAAACUUAUAACAAUACAAUAUUUAAAAUGAAGAACGAGUUUAAUCAACAUAAACUUAUAAGUAUUUCAAUGGGAAGUAUGGGCCUGCUUUUGGCUAAUGACAUGGUCGAUAUCCGGUUCCAUAUUUGUCACAGCUAGUCGUAGCAAGUGAUGCAAGUGUUCAUCAGUUAAUCUGGAUCUGGUUGGAGAUUUCAUUCAGGAAAAAGUCUGUUCACAGACAUAGGUGCUGCCAAAGAUGGUUGCAAAUCUGAGUGCAUGGUUCCUGAGAUUCAGAUAUGUCUCAGAGGGGAGAGAAGCAUAGAAAUUUGUGAGGCUGCUUGAUUUGAAAGCAUCUUUCAGAGAGUCACAAUUCUGUAGUUCGACCAAUUCCAUUUGGUAAAUUGGAUCAGCAGUUUCAGUGUCAACAGAAAAUGGGUUCCAGAAAAGCUAUAUGUCUUGCUCAUGGAUGUGAAGCUCUUUAAAUCGAGUUUGAAACUCCUUUUGCAAAAUUUCCAGUAAAUCCACAUGUUUCGUUUGGGAAUGCAACUGCUGGUUUUCCCGCCGACAUGUUUUGAGUUUUGGGGAGAUGCCAGAAGUUUUCCUCCUUCACUUGUUUAAUGAGGAGGUCUAAUUUUGCUUGAAAUUGAAUAUUGAAAGGGUUGAGUAUUUCUGUUACGUCUGUCAGAAAGGCAAGCAGCCAUUUCCAUUCUGCAUCUUUGAGCUCUGGUACUUCUUUGUUUUUCAUAAGCAUAAAAUCAGAAACAUGCAGAAGUAAGUAAUAAAAAUGUUUCAGAACUCUCCCUCGACUCACCAACAGACUUCUGUGUGGUACGGAAUAUCUUCAUGGUCAACAUGUAACUCAGACAGAAAUUCCUGAAACUGUCUGUGGUUUAGUGCAUGAGCUCUAAUGAAGUUAACACAAGAUACCAUAGUUUUCAUGACAUCCAUGACUUCAGGGAUUUUUUUACAACACAGUGCUUGUUGGUGGAUGAGGUAGUGUAUGGCUAUUGGAUGUGAAUGGUUGUGUUUGUCCAUCUCUUGGUUAAUGUGUGCAACCACUCCUCUCAUAGACCCCACCAUGCUAGGAGCACCAUCAGUUGUGACACCGGCUAGUUUAGCCCAGUCCAGCUCCAAAUCAUGCACAGUUUGGCAAACUUUUUCAAAGAUACCCUCUCCUAUUGUUGUUCCCUUGAUGCUUUGCAGUGCAGUAAGCUCCUCUGUGACUUUGAAAUUACCAUUUGUCCCACAAAUGAAAAUUAGAAGUUGUGCAGAAUCACGAACAUCAGUGAUUUCGUUGAGUGUCAAUGAAAAAUAAUGAAGUUUUUUCAAGGAGUUUUGCAAAUGUUGAUGCAAAUUUCCCCCUGUUUCUUCAAUCCUACAUGUAACUAUACAGACUCAAUGUACUAAAUAAAUCAGUCUUCUCUGGACACAUCUCUUUGGGAGCAGAAAGAAUGCAUUCUUUAACAAUUUCUCCCUCUACGAAGGGUCUGCUAGUGUGCGCUAUGAACUUGGCAAUGUGAAAACUUGCUCGCAACAAUGAAAUAUUUUGCUGCUUUUGCUUCACAAAAAUAUUUUGCUGAGUUGUCAAUCCACUUUUCAGUUUUAAUAUUUCAUCUUUUCUCACUUGUCCAACCAAACAAUCAUAUUUUCCUUUAUGGUGAGUAUUGUAGUGUCGAAGCAAAUUGUAUUCCUUGAACAGAGACACUGAAUUCUGGCAUAUCAGACAAACAGCUCUUUCUUUGUACUGCGUGAAAAAGUAAUCGAAAUUCCACUGUUCGUUGAAAACCCUGCACUCAGAGUCAACUUUUCUUUUUUUUGAUUCACCGUAAUUUCCUAGGGAUGGAAAAUUGCUAUUAGUCAAAUACCAAUAAAUACAGAGCUACAAAAACAAUAUACCAGCAGUAGUGACUACUAAACUAAAAUUAAAAAGUCAGCACACAGAAAUACUGCGAAUGCUCAACGCUCACAUAUACCCAUUUUUCUGUACCAUUGGACGACCCCACGGAUAAGGAGACCAGGCAGGCCCCACAAAUAACCCAGAGAUGCAUUUUAAAUAAAAAGACACAUUCUACUCAGGUAAGCCACCCCCCGACUCUCCCCUCCCUUCUCCACAGCACCGGACGAGCCGCGGGGGCUGCUUACCUGGGUCUUGCGAGCUGCAGCGGGUGGCAGAGGGACUAUGAGCAGUGUGCGAAAGGGCUCCAGAGAGGGGAUGCUUUAAAUGGCGGCCACUUGAGAGGGGCACUUAGCUCCUGUGUUUUGCGAGUGGCAGGAGCUGGCGGCAGUGGGACGAUGAGCGGCGUGUAAAAGGGCUCCGGAGAGGGGCAGGCAGCAACAAAGCCCCAAUUGAGCCUGCUUAAAAUGGCGGCCGCUCGAGCGAUCGCGCUGCUGCUGCUGCUGCUGCUAGCACCAACCAAGAGGCACCAAUGAGAGGGAAAUAAUGCUGCUGGCACCAAUCAAAGGCCAGCCCCCUCCCAACACAGGGCAGGGAGAAGCCAGGAGGAGGCGCUGUCGUGGUGGUGGUGGGUAAUGGCGCAGCCCGAACGAUCAGAAUCAGAUCCAUGUAGCGAUUCCUGGACCGUCCGUGGCCCGGAUCCAGAAGGCAGUUGGGCCGGAUCCAGCCCCCGGGCCUUAGUUUGCCGACCCAUUCCUUGGAUUUAUGCACUCCUCUUCUCCUCUCUGAUGUGGCUGCAAGAAAGAGAUUGAAAUUGGAAAUGAAAGAUUACAAUUAAGCACAGUUCAGCAUGGCAUCCAAACUCUAAAUUAUGAGUAUUCUUAACUGUGUUUGGUUGAAACAAACCGGCCUCUGUGUUAUGGUUUGAAGUUGGCUUGUUUCAACAAGCCAUAGUUAAGACUAAGUCCAGGUUCAGAUAUAAUGCUUAACUGUGGUUAGUCUACAGUGGAAGCAAAAGUUUGGAACUCCUCCUAGUCAUGCCAGAGAAGGUGGGGGGGGUGGCGUGGGGAACUCGCGAGACUCACUGCAGCUUGUUCCCAUAAUAAUAAACCAUGUUUGCAUCAACAGGGCCAGUGUAUGGAACAGAAACACUCUGAUUUGGGGUUGCAAAUAUAUACUAAAUUCCUUCAUUUCAGAAUUGGAUUUUUUGGAGAAAGUAUUGCCUUUUAAGAAGUAUGACAUGAGUCUUGUGGAGAAAUUGGUGGGUGAGGGAAAUAAAUUCACAGCACACAAAAUAGACAUUCCUGUGCUUGAGGUUUUUUCAACUUUUCCUUAAUCUUUCCUCAAUAAACCUAAGGACGUGAAAUUUGGUAAUUUUAUAAAAUGAGGUUCUGCAGGGAAUUAAAUGUAUUAUUGCUUCUGGGUUGUAUUGCAGCCACCUAUUUACCUAAGAAAUUUAUGAGCCACCUUUCAAUGUAAACUCCAGGUGGUGUUCAGUUAAAACAACAAAACAAUACAACAACAAUCACAACCAUCAGUGUCUAUCCAGUAAACUAGACUGAACUGUAAAACUCUCAGUUAAACUAUUCAACAUAGUGGAAUGUUUGGGCUACGGCCUUUUCAGUGCCAGGCUUUUAAAAAAAAAUGUUCUGAGUGGCAGCUGGGUGAGUUACAAAUGUGAGGCCAUGUGGCUGAGGAGGUCCUCUUGCUGGUCACUGCCCCCUGCAUUUAUUAUUCACAGAGGUGAAUUCAUCAUACCUGUUACACAUUUUAGGAGAGCUCGGGGGUCUAGAUACUGUUGGGAAGGAGAUUGAUCUGCAAAGUUGGGUUAACUAAGCAAAAAGAAAUGUGUGCUGGGGAAAGGAGUUCCAAAAGGGUGUUAUGGGAAUCCUACCAGUGCCUUCCAGACAGCCUACCUGAGUCAAGGCCACAUAUUUUCUCAAUAGAAAGAUAACCUGAAGUCACUUCUGCAAUUGUCUGGUCACUGUCUAAGAUAGCUGUGGGACUCCAGGGAAUCCAUGAAUGUUCGUAAAUCCCCCUCCUUACAGAGCUGCUCUUUGAAUUAAUAACACAGGAGUCACUUUGCCUUUUCAGAGGAACAUUUUUCCUACUGUUACUUAGAUCUCAGCCAACUGUGUGUUUCCCUUCUUUUUAUAACCAGGAAGGGGGAACAGACAAACUCAAGGCUCACUGUGGCUUGCUGCCAUAACACUAAAUGUGAUUUAGCCAUGCAUCUAAAGCCUGCUGUUGUGUCUUGUGUCCAGCACCACAGGUCUCACUUGCCUUUUUGUGUAUGUUUUGCUCCCCUGCUGCAUUACUGCCUGGCGAAAUUAAAAAGCACUUCCACCAGUACUCAGCAUAUUAUUUUUGUGUUCUUUUUCUGCAUUUUAGCUCAUAUUCUGCAGCUUUACAUGUGUUUACAGAAAGGCAGGGUGGGGGGAACAGGGAAGUUGCUUUUCUGAUGGUUUUCAUAUACAGUGGUGCCUUGGUUUACGAACUUAAUCCGUUCUAGAAGUCCGUUCGUAAACCAAACCAUUCUUAAACCAAGGCGUGCUUUCCCAUAGCAGUGGCGGACUCAAUUUAUAAAUGGAACACACUCAACAGGAAGCGAAACAUGUUCUUAUUCCAAGGCAAACCAAACACCUACUUCUGGGUUUGCAGCAUUCUUAAUCCAAACUGUUCACAAACUAAUCACCAAGGUACCACUGUAUGGUCAGUUGAAAGGGAAGUGCUUCCCUAAGUAUCUGAGGGGUCUAUUGCUACCUCACAGGGCUCAAUUGUUCCAAGAACCAUUUUGUAUACUACAUUUAUUGGACCAACUGUUUGCUAUGUUUUGAUCUGUCCAAAAGUGCCUAUCCCCAGAAAGGUUCUGCACAGCUUAAAAACUUACUGUCCCACACAACAGCUCAUUCAAAAAGGUGGUAUUCGAACAAUGGUGGAUUCUCUCUCUUGUCAUUAAACAUUUCAUUAACCCAUCUUUUGCUAACCUGCGGUCCUCCUGCUGAUUGGCUAUGCUGACUGAGGCUGAUGGGAGCUAGAGUACAACAACAUCUGCAGAGCAUAAUGUUGGCAACCCCUGCAUUAAACAAACCUUAUAAAACUUUUGUGGCAGCAUUUAAGAAAGCAAUGGGAAACAGUAUUUAUUUAUUUAUUUAUUUAUUGUGUUUUUGUUGUGAAAAAUAAAUGCAAUAGUUGCUUCUUGCAUUUAUGUCAGGAGUUUGGGGUUUGUUGAUUCUAAUAACUUGUUCCAAACAUCCAGAAGCCUUGGAAGUAUACUUGGUAGUAGAGCUUAGCAUACCUAGAAGCCCAAGUGACUUGCUGUUAAUGUUGAUGCCUUCAUUUUGCUCUUUUUGCAGAAGCAGCAGAACCAAGAGAUUAUGAACCAGCUGGAGAAGGUAAUAUGCACUGCUUGAGAGACAUGCACAGCUAAUUCAUUAUUCACACCAGGAGCAGGAAGCAUAGUAUACUGUUGGAAUGGGUGGCACUGAUUCAAGCCAACACUGAAAAAAAGAUUUAUGGAAAUGGUUCCAUUUAGCAACACCUAAGGAACAAUAUCAUCUCGCCUUGUUGCUUUCCCCUGCUGCUUGGAUAGCUCCAUCACCAGUGCCACAUAAUCCUGGAAGCAGCUGGCUGUUGGUUGGAAACACACCAUGAAAUAAGAGCAGUCCUGCUAGUGAGCAGCUCAUGUGUGUAUUGGCUGUCGUGUGGAGCCACUGACACCUAGAAACGUUUGUAGGAGCUUUACCAUGAGAACCAAGUUGUAGUUAAGAUGCAUCUUGGUCUGGAUGUUUAGACAGUGAGUCAGCAUAGCAUAGCAUAACCAUCAGCAUUUAUUCACUUUUCACUCGAGUUUGAUUUUUGUUAAUGGUAAAAGGAAAAUAAUCUGAAGUAUCUUCCAUUUUUGUUGUUUUGGGGUUCACAAUGCUGGCUCUAACAUCCAACCCCGUAAAAAGCAGUUGUUGUUGUUGUUGUUUAGUCAUUUAGUCGUGUCCGACUCUUCGUAGACUGAGCUAAUUUACAGUGCAGUCCUACACCUGUCUACUCAGAAGUUCCAUUCAUGUUUUUUAAAAAAUUGCUUACUCAGAGGCUUUAUCCCUUUCCAGCUGAAUGUCAGGAACCCAACUCUCAACUGAUUUUUCUUUUUACCUCACAAAGUACUUUUUCCACCACCCCCUCUGGCUAGCUGUACUCACAGCCAAACAGAGUGAGUAUGCAGCCCAGCUACACCACUCUUGUGGAAUUCUGUGGCACAUCAUCACCAGACUCUGGUAACCUGAGCUUUUCAUCACAUCCAGCUAGGCCAUUUUGGCCAAGCCACUCCCAUGUGCCCUAUGCCUGACUUUAUAUACAACUUCAGGUGUGGGGUAGGUAGAGAUCUGGCUGAGACAAAAAGAGCUUGGGACAAUCAUUGGAUAAUUGUUGCUGGCCAGCUGACUGUCAGGGAUGCGGGUGGCGCUGUGGGUUAAACCACAGAGCCUAGGGCUUGCCGAUCGGAAGGUCGGCGGUUCGAAUCCCCACAAAGGGGUGAGCUCCCGUUGCUCGGUCCCUGCUCCUGCCCACCUAGCAGUUUGAAAGCACGUCAAAGUGCAAGUAGAUAAAUAGGUACUGCUCCGGCGGGAAGGUAAACGGCGUUUCCAUCCGCUGCUCUGGUUCACCAGAAGCGGCUUAGUCAUGCUGGCCACAUGACCCGGAAGCUGUACGCCGGCUCCCUCAGCCAAUAAAGCGAGAUGAGCGCCGCAACCCCAGAGUCGGCCACGACUGGACCUAAUGGUCAGGGGUCCCUUUACCUUUACCUUUAGCUGACUGUCAGGGCAUCAAAGCACCUCACACUACAUGCAGGGGAACAGGUCACCUGAUAUCAGGUGGCAGGUGGGUGAUCCCAUCCACUUGUCAGUCUUGGGCUGCAGGGGUGGGGGAAGAAUCUGGCCCACUGGCUGAAUCUAGUUCUAUACUCCUGCACUAGGGCUUAUGUGCAGCUGCAGUGGGUAGACAGUACGCGUGAGAUCUUAAUGUUUAGAAUGAAUAUUGGUCAUAUAAGAGGAAGAUUGUAAAUCUAAUAUGGUUUUGAUGUUGCUAUUUCUAUGUCAUGUUUUCACAGGAAAAGAAGGGGUUUGAGCAGAAAUUUUCAAAGGAACAAGCAGCAUUGCGAGAACAGUUACAGGUAAACUCUAUAUCGUACAUCAGCCCCCAAUUAACAUUUUCUGACUGCACACUGAAGUUCAUGUGUGGCAAUUUGUCUAUUUCUGCUUCUAGUUACUUAUCCUUUCAGUGGUUGUUAUGACAUAGGAAUUCUAGGCAGGAAGUUCUCCUUUAAUCCAGUUGUUCUGUGCUUUGAAGGUCCACAUUCAGACGAUAGGAAUCCUAGUUUCUGAGAAAUCUGAGCUGCAGACAGCCCUUGCACAUACGCAGCAGGCCGCUCGUCAGAAAGCAGGUAGGCAACACCCUAAGCCUUCUGGCUAACAAAUUAGGUGAUGUUCUUGAAUAUUGCACCAGUUGACUUAAAUGAAACACUUUUGGUAAGCUUUGGACUCAGGAGGCAGUUAUGCCGUUGAUUCAGUGACACAGCAAAACGAUUUCGUCAUUUGGCCUGUGGUUUGGCUGUGGCGGUAGGUGCUCUAGGCAUUGGGAGAAGUGGGCAUAUAAGCUUCUGUAGACUUCCUGGAAAUAGACUGUUUGAAACCUUCCUCAGUAAUCCUUUGGAAACAAUAAAAUAAUAAAACAGACGGAGAUAGGUCAAAGACAAGAAAGUAAAAAUACUAGUAUACUGGACCUAGCAUUAUGAAAAUUAUGAAAUGAGUUAAGUUCUGACCCUUUCACAAUUCUCUUAUAUUCCAAAAUGCUUCUGUAAAAAAGCCUAUACAAGGGUAUGUAUUAAUUAUGGAUACAUUAGCAUAGCAAAUUCUGACAUAAUAAAGGAGAUACAAAUCUGAUUGUGUUAUGGAAAAAUGGGGGCAAGUUAUCACAUAUUUAGAAUCUGACCCAUUGAAAUGAGUCAAGCCAAAUAAGCAGAAAACUAUGUUCGUACUAACUGCCUUAGAAUCUGUUGCUCUCAUGUUUAUUUGCUGUUUUUAUGCUAAGUAAAGUUUUUAUGUUAACCGAAAUAAAAGUGAGCAACUGGUGAGGGUAAUUGUACAUUUACUUAUUUUUCUUGUUUGUGGGGAGGGACGGAGAGUUAUAUUUCAGUAUUUUAUGUAGCCAUGCUGCUGCAUUUUGCACCACUUGCUGUUUUCCAGACAGCUUCUAAAACAUCUAAUCCAGCAAUAGCCAGGGAUGGGUAACCCUGAGAAAUAUUGGAGCAUGAUAAAUCUUGGGUAGAUUCAGUUGAUGGCUGAUUGGCAUUGGGGGUUGGAGCAUAAAGUGAUGGUCCACUCCUGCCACUUUGCUUGUUGGGUUCCAUUGCAACAUAACCUUGUUUUACUUGGGCAGGAGAAGCAGAGGACCUUGCUGUACGGGUUCAGUCUUCUCGUCAGAGGAUAUCUGAGCUGGAGCACACCCUUUCCUCCCUCUCUACACAGCAGAAGCAGACAGACAAAGUAAAAAUUCCCUAUAUGUCAUUCUUUCUAUUAUCUCUUACAUUUGGUGCUUCCUCCUUUGGGAGGCUGGACUACAUUCUGCCCCCAGGUGUUCACAGAAUUCCAGUAGACACCUCAGGUGGGUGGGUGGAUGGGUGUGGAAUGAAAUGAGAGUGCCUGUUGGUUUUGUUUGGAUUAAUACGCUUGGCACUUUGUUAGCUUUGCCAAAUGGCCUGUCUGUCAGUGAGACCCAGGGGCAUUGUUCUCAUUCAGUGGUUCAUUUUGGCAUUGUCAACCAUCCCACUGUCUCCAUCUCAGUCUCAUGUCUAAUUACUGAUGUCAAGUGUAGAGUCUCUCUGUGCAGAUAGAACCAAAACUUUGUGUCAGAUGCUAUUUUGGGUCAUAGGCAGACAUAUCCUAUGGUUUCAUUUGGUAUACAGGUGAUAGUGCUACAGAGAGGUGGUCUUGGCAGUCUGCAUUUUGCUUCAAAAGAACUCAAACCUGCAAAUUAUUGUUUUUAGCUUCCUGUGGUUUAUGUUUGGUGGAUGGAGAGAUCUUCUAAAAAUAACCCGAACGUGUGACUAGAAUAACAAUAUAGUCUACAAGUCUGUUUUAGAGCAAUGGCGCAACUUGAGUGGGUUGCAAACUUAACGUAUUUUUGGAGAUAUUGGCAGGUGGGGAGGGUUGCACUGGGGGACCAUUUGUCUAUGAAGGACAACUGUAUGGAUCCAGUUACAGAUAGGUAGCCGUGUUGGUCUGCCAUAGUCAAAAUAAAAAAAAAUCCUUCCAGUAGCACCUUUAAGACCAACUAAGUUACUUAGUUGGUCUUAAAGGUGCUACUGGAAGGAUUUUUUUUAUUUUAACUGUAUGGAUGUAUGACAUGCUCACUUAUUCUUAGUUUUUGGAAACAAGCAAAUCUUCAUUCCGCAUGGUUGGAGAGGUAUGUUUGAAAGUGCACUCACCAACAAACAGACAAAAUUCUUAAAGGGUUCAAAAUAAAAAAGUAGAAAGAUUAUGAGUCUUCAUGCCAUUGUGGGAUUUCCACCCAAUUUCCUAAGGCUAUAGGUUUAGGUCUUUUUCAGAGACUGGCUCUCACUUAAUUGCCUUUAACGUGUAAUAUUUAUUCGUGGUAUCUCUUAAUAAGCUAUUAAUAGUAUCUGGCUGAAUUAUGUAAGUCCACUGAAGGCUUCAGGGACUGUUCCAGGUUUGAGGGAGCCCUUAACAAUGGGCUUCCUGGGGGGUGUUGUUCUCCCUAAACAGUGGAUGCUAAAAAGUUAGUGAUUCUGAACUGCACUGCGUAAUUCCAAGAUCCAAGAACCCUAAGCUCCCUCAUUGAUUUCUGUGUUUGUUGUUGUUGGCAGCAUAAUAAAGAGCUGGCAAAGGAACGAGAUGCCCUGAAACUGGAAGUCUACAAGCAAAGGUGGGGUUUGUUAUUUUCCCCGCAACAUUAUUAUCCAGUUUUUCUACUUCCGAAAGUGGAUGACUUCCAUAGCACUUCCCUCUCUUCUAUUAACCCACUAGCCUAACCUACUUCACAGGGUGGUUGUGAGAGUGAAUGUGGGGAUGGGUAUGAAGGAGCCAUGAGCCUAAGUGCCUUGGCGUAAGGGCAGAAGAAAUAUUGUAAAAUAGUUUAAGGACUGAUUUAGAUGAAUAUAUGACAAAUGUGAGAUUUGAGCUAGGGUCUCCUAGCACACCCCAUUAGUUCCUAUGCUGCAUCAGAUUUCUCAGCAAGCUGCUAUCUCAUAGCCUUGACACAACUGUGAUGAUGCUGGCCAAAUGUAAGGAUUGGAACACAGCCAUGCCCACGACAUGCUUUCCUUGCAGAAGACCCCUAGUUUUAAAAGGGUUGGGGGAUAGGAAAGAUCCUUUACUUAAAUCUCUGGAGAGCUGCUGCUUAUCAGAGAAGAUACUAGUGGGCUAGCUGGACCCAAUGGUCUACACUGGGAUAAGGUAACUUUCCCUCUGCUGCCUCUGAUGGAGUUUCCAUGAGCAGGUGGGGCUUUUUUUAUUUGUAAUAGUUGUGUUGUAGAAGAUAUUUUGGUAGCUGUGGCUUUUUCAGCCUUUCAUGAAAAGCUGCACCUGGGGAAUGCAUACCAACUUUAAAUGACUAUUAAAAUGUGGGAGGCAACUGGCAACCAGUGCAGCUGUUUCAGAAUAGGAGUUAUAUAGGAUUGGCCCAUUGAAACCCUUGCUACUGCAUUCUGCACUAGUUGCAACUUUUGGAUCACUAGCAAGGGCAGCCCCACAUAAAACGUAUUAGUAGUCCAUCCUGAAGGAUACCUACUUCUUGGUUUUUCCCCCCUCCUGUAGUAAAAACAGUGAAGAAUUCAAGCAGCAAAACUCUGAACUGUCUGAGAAGCUGCACACCUUGAUCUCUGAAAACUCAGCGAUGAAACUGGACGUGGAGGAUUUGCACAAGAAACUGGAGAUGGCGGAACUGAUGAUUCAGCAGGUGAUGGUUAGGUCGCUGGGAAUACUGCUGCCUCUUGCAGCGCAGCAUGUCAUACAGUUGUGGAAGGGUUCUGAAUAAAGCUACUCCUCACUCCCAGCACUUAGCAUGGUAUUCUUUUAAAUUUGAGGAAUGGUCUUUAGGAAGCACUUCUGAGCAUUGAAAGGAAGCCUGGCAUUUGACUAGCUUUUUAUUCUGCUAGGGCUUCUUGACCCAUUAAUGCCUCAGCUCACAUGACCAAUAGGUAUGAUGUGUGUCCAGCAACAUCUGGAGGGCCACAGUUUCCCUAUCCUUGCCUAGAGGUUGUGUUCCUUGACGGUUCUGAGGGAAGCGACUGCUCUUGUGAGAAAUUAUUCUUAUUUCAAGCUGAUAUGGAUGUACAUCUUAAGUGGAGUUCUUUUUACUCUGCACCCCCAAAUGGAGAGCUUCACUCAGCAUAUUUAUCCACUUUUUCUCUUUCUCUUUUUUUAAUAAUACUUUUAUUAGUUUUCAGUUACAAUAAUCCAAUAAUAGCCUCAUUAUAACAAUGCCAAAUUAUAAUACAAUUACUAAUCCCAAUCAUUCAGAUGCCAAAUCCUAUAAUUUAAGUGGCCUCCUGCAUGCUAGAAUUGAUGGUUUGACGAUUUACUUUAUUUCUGCAUUCAGAAAUCUUAUUCAUCUCAUUUACACUCCAGUCAAAAUAGCAAUCCCUUAUACAACAACUGCAAUAUUAACAUCCAUUCAUAUUGACACUUUAAAUGACUAUAAAUCUAUAGGUGAAGCAUUCAAUCUAUAUCCUUAUUCCUCCUGUGCGUGACAAUUAUUCUGUCCGUGGUGUUCCUUCCUGUCCUUAUAAAAUAUAAUUAUCUUUUCCCAGCCAUUGCUGCUCUCCAUCAUGCCUUGGGCGGAGCUUGUAUCACAUUGUUGCUAUUUAUCCACUUUUUCAAAGCAUUUGCACUUGUGGGUACUGGAUUGCAGAGAGAAAGGAGGGCAUGUGGAUUAAAAUGUAGAUUACUAGGUGUGGGGGAGAGGGUAGUAGCCAAGGAUGAAAGAGCUAUGAUGACCUUUGAAGUUGCAAUCCAUGGCAUUCAAUCCCAGCAUCUGUUCUAUAGCCAUGAGUGCUAGAAACUUGGAAGCUUGAAAAAGGAAAGCUAAUUUUAACUAAUUUCCUUAUGAAGAUUUUCCCUUGUGCUUAAGUAGGGGGGGGAAAUGCAAUUCUGGCUAUUCUCUCUCCCCCCCCCCCAAAAAAUAGACAUGUUAACCCUUUGUCUAUAAUCCAUGAGCUAGAUUAAAAGGCACUGUAGAAGCAUCCUCUUGUGGACUUCUGGGGUGGGGAGGAAUGAAUGAAUGAAUGAAAAGUGGCAAGGGAUUUCAAUGUUUACCAUAACCAUUUGUUUGAUUCUCUUACCAGUUUGCAAACCAGCCAGGAAUCCCAGAUGCCACUCAACAGCUGCAAAUGGCACUGGAAGAAAGAGCAAACCUAGAAACACAAACUGCCCAGGUAGGCCCCUCUGCCAUGGGUUUUGGGAUGUGGCCUUCAUAGAAGAGUGCCUUAGCUUCAUUCCCAGGAAGCGUGUUUUCUUUAUUCACAAUAUUUGGCUCAUGCUUUCUUUUUUCUCUUUGCUUGCUGAGCAGAUGUCUGAGUCAAUCCAGCAACUGCAGACUGAACGGGAUCAGUAUGUGCACAAGCUGAAAGAGGAAGGGGGAAUCUGGCAGCAACGAGUACAGUUGCUUUCUGACCAGGUAAGGACAGGUUCUCCUGCACUAAAUAGCAGGCAGAUAUUUUUCUGGUAAUAUAACAACGGAGAGAUUUACUUUCUGCAUGAAAGACAUGGAAGGUUAGCAACACUAGUCUUCCCUUUCCAAUUCCUGUGGUGUAGGUCCAGGCUCUGACAGAAGAAAAGGACCUGAGUACAACACGAAUUCAGGAGCUGGAAGCCAAUCUGUCAGAGUUGAUCAGCAGUCAGUCCGGUAAGGUUCAGUGUUCAGAAACUGCAGCUUAAAGCAAGACCUUCUUGCAUAGUUUGUCAUUACCUUUGCCCCCUAAACAUACUCUGUUCCACACAAGCUCACCUGUUCAAUCCCCUGUCUUUUUACUCUGUGCUGUAGCACAGUGAUAUGCAAAAGUUCCAACGAUCAAUUCCUGGCUACUCCUUUAAACAUACUUAUACAGUGGUACCUUGUUUUUUGAACAUAAUCCGUUCUGGAAGACCGUUCGAGUUCCAAAACGUUCCAAAACCGAAGUGCAAAGGGUGGUCUGCAAAUUUAAUAGAGAAAAUUGAGAAAAAUAACAUAUACACUCAGCGGAAGCCAUUCGACUUCUGAGGCACGUUCAAAAACCAAAAUGUUCAUCAGUGGAGAAGUUUGAAAACCAAGGUACCACUGUAUGUGGAUCUGGUUGCAGGUGAUAGGAAAGACUGCAUUAGUUGCCUGGUUCAAUUUCCCCCAUCUUAUCAGUAGAGGCUCUCCUCUUAAUCCUUUUGCAGAGGAUUGACCAACAUUUCUCUCCCCCACAUUCCAUUCUUAAGUGUACACCUUCAGAUGUCAAGUGUUCCUGCAGCAAAUGUGUUUACACCUGCAUGAAUCCUGUAGACACACAUGUGUUAAAGCACCUUGAUUUGUCCCUGCUUCCUGUGGAGUGAACACUCCAUGGCAGAUUUGGGCUUGCCUUUUGUUUAAGGCUGUGAUGGCCAAACUUGGCCCUCCAGCUGUUUUUGGACUACAGCUCCCGUCAUCCCUAGCUAACAGGACCAGUGGUCAGGGAUGAUGGGAAUUGUAGUCUCAAAACAGCUGGAGGGCCAAGUUUGGCCAUCACUGGUUUAAGGCAACAAAAGGGACCUUUUGGUCAAGCUAAUUCUCCACCCUUUUAUGGUUUUUCUUGAACAACAACAUGGCCAGACUACCAAGUUUGUGUGUGUUAAAUUUGAAUGUGCCACAAUCACAUAGAAAGCUGAGGUCCAAUUGAAGGGGCAAAGGGAGCUGACCCAGCCCCACCCCUUUGGCCAGGCUCACUUCCAUUAUCAGCACCUGAGCAAUGGGGGGGGGGGAGUGCCUGAGUUGUGUGUGCUUGGUGGGGGGGGGGAGUAAGCCAUGGAAGAAGGCUCUGUACUCCUCACCUAGGCACUGCUUUUGUUCCUUAAGUUGGCCGUGAACAGUCUGCCUCUCUAACUUGACCUUCUAGUAGUGAAGCCCCUGGAAAGUGAUCCUGCCCCCCAUUCAGGGCCCACAGAAGCUGAGCUGCGCUUGCAAGAAGAGCUCACUCGGUUGCAGGAGGAGAAGGAGGAGCUUCGUGGGCAGUGCCAAGCCCAGAUGCGGGACAAUGAGCAGCUGAGCCGCCUCAAUCAGGAGAAGGAGGAGCAGCUGCAGGAGUUGGAAAAGACAGUGCAGCGCUACAGUGAGGAGGCUGUGGACAGGCAGCAGAUCCUGGAGAACAUGCAGAGUGACAAGGCAACCAUCAGCCGAGCCAUGACUCAGAACCGGGAGCUCAAGGAGCAGCUGGCAGAGCUGCAGAAUGGCUUUGUCAAACUGGUAUGUUCCUGCUUGUGGUGAGAGGCAAUAGCCCCCUUUGCCAUCCAGCCAGAAACUUCCAGUGCUAGGGAUGUUUGAACUCUAAAAGGAAGCCAUCAAGCACCCAGGGAACCCUUGUAGAUUGCUGCAAAGGUUCUCUUUCCUCCACUGUUUCACUACUCCCUUUGUUGUUUCUGUUCCCUGUUUGUCUUGAGCAGGGGUUGGCAAGGUUUAUCUUGCCUGGGCCAGAUCAGUCCCGCAGAGAUCCCUCCGUGGGCUGGAUUGUGAGUGCUCACACCUGUGAUUGCCGGCAUCUGCGAUUUCCGGCACCUCGCUGGUUUAGCGCAGCGCGAGAGCAGGCAGCUCAUUUCAGGGGAAGCUCGUGGGCCGGUCAAACGACUUCCACGGGCCACUUCUGGCCCACGGGCCUUAGGUUGCUGAUGCCUGGUCUUGAGGAACCAGUGUCUUUUCCUUGGUCCCGUAAUGGUCAACAAUUUCAGUCUCCUUUUGUUUCUGACUAGUGCUGACUGCCUACAUCUGCCUGAAAUCUGUGAUCUUACUUUAUGCUGUAUCUAAAAACCAAUCUUAUUGCCCUAAUGGCUACAGAGGGAGACUUGAAAUGACUUGCUCACAAACAUGUGUAUUUAUGCAUUAAGUGAAGUAGCCUUCUGUUUGGAGAGCAGUGGUUGCCCCCUGUUCUGAGUACAGCACGCGUAAACCUGCAAGUCUUCUGAAAUUUUUUCUAUGUAUGUUGCUAAAUGUGUAUGCUUUAUCUUUGAAGCCCAAUCAAGUAUGCUAAAAUAUUUUAGCUAGCUGUACACGGGUUUCAUAAUAAGUCAUACAUGAGUGUAGUUUUAAUAUAGGAAAUAUUUAGUUUGCAGGCGAAGUAUCUGAACCUUAAAGUUUCAGGGAGAGAGGGAGGAGCUUAAACAUUAGAAGUUUAAAGGCUCAGAAAGCAGAGGAGUUAUGGGUGGUACUUCUGUUAACCAGGGGUGAAACUUGUGCACAACUUCCUGGCCUAAAACCCCCCUGUUAAAAUACUUUUAUCCUUAGUCUAAUGCUCUUAAGGCUCUUUGCCUUUCCCCCAUGGUUUCCUUCUCCUUCAUCCCCUACCCCCUAUUUUAGAUUGCUCCCAAACUAUUAUGAUUUCUGACAGUGAUGCAGAAGGUUCCAUAACAAUAGACUGAUACGUACUUCACCACUACUAGGGAGAUUUGUGGCGCUGCCUCAUUUGGCUGCCUUAUGUCUUCACAGACCAAUGAGAACAUGGAGGUGACGAGUGCCUUGCAGUCAGAGCAGCAUGUGAAGAAGGAGUUGGCCAAGAAGAUUGGAGAGCUGCAAGAGAAGCUGGCAGAGCUCAAGGAAACGGUAAUGCUCUGGCUGGGGUACCACUGUGAAUGAAGGGAGCCAGUAAUAGGGCACGUGGGGCCAGGGGCAGUGGGCUAUAGGUGGCACAAAGCAGUGGGGUGAGGUCUUCUCCUUGCAUACAUUUCCUCAAGUGCUGAGCUGUUUUCCUUGAGAUUGUCUUAGGAAAUUACUCUUGCAGUUUCUGAAGUUAGGCUACAUAGUUUAGCCAUUUGACUGAAAUGAAGAAUAGUGUUGGAAGAGCUUCUCUACCCAGCAGAAUUCAGAGCAGCCUGGCUUGAGUGGAAGAGAGAUGUUCAUUCCUCUUGAAGUAACUUUGGUUUUUCAAAUCCAGUCUGUGGUGUCUGAAGGAUUAAAAAAAAAAUUUCCCACAUUGUGAUUUUUGCAUCGCACAUGCACGCAUUGUGGUUCACGAUAUAUCACCACAUCAAAUAUUAUGAAACCAUUACCACGAGGUGGACUUCGGACUGGUUUUGGACAAUAUUGAUACAUUGCCAAGACUACUGAGGUGGGGGAGAGAAGGGGGAUUGUGUGUUAUAUGUGUGGAGAGAGAAGAGUGCACCAACUCUGGACUGCUGAUUUGGUAACCAACUUAUUUCCCUCCCCAUCCUAGGAGGCUCAGAAAACCCAGGAGGCUCAGGCCCUUCAGGAGCAGCGGGAUCAGUAUUAUGCCCACCUCCAGCAGUACACUGCAGCAUACCAGCAGCUGGCCACAGAGAAAGAGGAGUUGCACAAGCAGUACCUUCUUCAGAUGCAGCUCAUGGAUCGGCUGCAGCACGAAGAGGUCCAGGGCAAGGUGACUGUGGAGAUGCAUUUCAAGGAGCUGCAGGAAGCCAAGGUAAGAGCUGGAGCUUGGGAGGACUGGUAAGCAGGGCUGUGGAGGUUAAAACUGAGUAGGUCCAGGAGGAUUCGGUUCUGCUUGGUCCUGGGCUGCAGCUGCCCAGGUCAUCUGAAUUAUGCACCAAGUGAAAAACAAUUCAAUGUUAGGAAUAAUUAAUGCUGACAUGUGUACAGUUGUGUGGUAUUGCAUAAUUCUAAUUGUGCAAUUGGGCCUUUGCCAGCUUUGAGUGAGAGCUUGGGUGUGGGAUGCAAGGUGACAAGUGCCUGAGGUAGGAGCUGACAUACUGGAAAUCCCAACUCUGGUGGUUGGAUGUUGGAAUGAGAAGGGCUUUCCAAAUGUUUGUUUUUCCGGUUCUGGGUCAGUAGUUGUAGAAAGGAAUCACAUGAAGCCUUUGUGUUGUGUUGGGUCAGUGUACUUUUGUGGAAGAAGCAGCCAAAACAUCUGUUGCCUCUUUCUUGAAGGAAAGCCUGGAGAUGAUUUCCAAAGAAAACAAGGAGCUGCAGGCUCAGGUCAGCCAGCUCAUGGCAGAACUAGAUGCAAGGAUGCUUCCCAGGGCACAAGGUGAGUUGUCUUUUCCAUUAGCAGGAACACAGGGGGGCUGAUCCUAGCAGGAUGUUCUAACUCCUCUCUGCUGUCUUCCUUUGCUCACAGGGGAUGGAGUGGAAACCGAAGAGACUGUCGAAGAGCUGAAGACUCCUGCCCUUACCAUCCCAGAUAAUUUUGAAAGUAGAGAGGAAAUGGUGAGUGCCUGGCAAGUCUUUGUGGUUUUACAUGAGUGCUUCAGGAGGUGAGGGGAAUAGGAAGGGUGGGCAGGGAAUAACUUGGAAGCUCAGAGAUGCAGCAGCCCUGAAGUUCUGUUCAAAGACUUUCAGCUGAAUACUUCUAGCUUCCUAGAAAUGUGUUGCAUUUCUGGAUUUAUCUUCACUUGACAUUAAACGUAGAUUAACUUCCCCAUGCUUUUAAAUUGGAUUAUUUCUCAGCCUAUGCUUGUGUCUCCCUCUCUGUUCUCCCCACCCCCUUGUGUGCCUCCAAGCAAGCCAGAGCAAGUAAACAUUGGAUUCCCAACUAGUUUCCCACUUCAGUACUGGAUGGUUCCAGACAGGUUAGCUUCAGAGACAAGAAGGGCCUCUGUAGACUAUUUUCACAUGUAAUGUGUCUCAGCAGGCUUGCAGAACGGUUUAUCAAUUGGGUGUGUUUUUUGACUGUCAACUUGGCAAAGUCCCUAAAACAAGAGAUGCUGAAUUUACUGAAAUCAUUCUGAAUGCAAAUGCAGACAGGCACAUCCAGGGGGCUCUAGUUUUGGGGCUUAGGACAAUGCCUCAGCAUUACCAAUCCUUACAACCCAGGCACUUCCAUUUUUGCUGGCCCACCUAGAUGACAAAGACCAGUGCAGACGUUCCAGUCUCUGCAGCCGGCUUCUCACGGUAUCUUAUUGAAUAUGUCCCUGCCUCUUUCCCCAACAUACAGCCAGUACACUCUGCAUUACAGGGCCAACCUAAGAAUGUGCUGAAUUCUUGGAAAGAGUAGCCCUGGAGUUUCAGAAUUGGGUAGCACUAUGAAGCCAACAGUUUUGAAUUGGUAUUAGUUGUAUCUUAGUAUAGUGAUUUUUGUGCUUUCAAAAGACCCUCUCCACCUCAAGAAAAGGCCUGGAGCGUAUUUUUUCCAACACUAAGCCAAAGUUUUAGAGCAUAUGUAUAAUGAAGCAUAAAUGUGCCUACAGAGCUGUGGAAAUACGAGAAUGACUCUGAUGAAAUGAGCUACAGAUAAAAAUGAACCUUCUUAAAUUCUUUCUAACCCCCUUGCAACAUGCUAGCAUUGGUUUGAUUGUACACUUAUUUCUCUUAUUUAAAACAGCUAUAAUUCUUCAAAUGGUCCCCAGGAUAUAUUUUUAUUUUUUACAUUUAACAACACCCUUAUGCUAAACUUCAGCAUAUGGAAUUGCAUCUUAGGUGGCUUUCUUGACAUCUGUUAUGUCCCAAGCGGAAACUGAGCGAGAGGAGAUGAGGCAGCAACUGUCUGAGGAGAGGAGGCAAUGCAGAGGCCUCCUGAAGCAGAUUGCCAUACUGAGGAAGGAGCAGCAGCUGCAUGUUGCAUCUGGGGGAGGUAAGCGUGCUCCUGUGUGUGGAUGUGCAUAUCCAGGUGUCUAUUUGGAUUCCAGCCAGGUUGGACCACAAGGCCAUUCCUUCUGCAGUCGCUUAAUCAAAUUACUUGACCCUUUUCAGAUUCUGCUGCAGAUUCCGUUCCAGGUGAGGUUCACGAAGCCUUAAAAAGUGCCAUGGAGAAGCUGCAGGUGCGUGUUUAAUGCUUUUGGCUACAAACCCAGACAAAUAGCACAUGUGCUAGUUAAUGCAAUACAUCUUUCAGCACUUUAUGAGCAUGUUCAUGUGAAGGUCCCAUCACUGAUGAAGAGCCUUUGCAAUCCUGCCUUUGCCUAUUGAGCUGUGUAAUGUUGGAUGGACUGUUACUGGCUUAGCUGUCUUUGUACUGUAAGACUUCCAAACAGCUAUAGUAGUUCCUCCAUUCCCCAAGAUCACUAUAAUAAUUAGCACUUAAUCAGAUUUUCACCAUGUAGGUUCUCUUCUCUCUCCCUGUCACAAUCUUUUGUGGGGGUGAGUGACUAAUGAUGCUGCUUUGGAAUCAAAAGAUAUUUUGUGGAAGAAUCAAGCUUCCUAACCACACUUUGUUUAUUGUUGAUACACCUCACUACAUUUUGAGUAUAUAUGUUCUUAAGGGAUCUGAUCUGAAAAAUCUUUAGUGUUCUAGUGACUUUUUCACUUGGAAAGCAGCCGCAGGCUUUUCCUCCUAAGCAGUCAGACCUGCUUGGGUAGAAGGCUUCUGCUGCUUUCUUUUCUAGAAAUAAGAUCAUUUUACCUUCCAAGGGAUGGUGCCUGUCUGCUGCCUAUCGGUGAGAAGCUGCCCUUGUGCUGAUUAUUGCUGUGGUAGUGCUGGCUGCUGCGCCAGGAGGGUUUGGGUUUCUUCUUCCACAUGGUCUCCCUAACAUCUUCAAUGAUGACUGGCUGUUGUGCUUUCUAGUCUCGAUUCACAGACCUGAUGCAUGAGAGGGCAGAGCUGAAGGACCGGGUGGAAGAACUGGAACAUCGUUGUAUACAGUUGUCUGGAGAAACGGACACUAUAGGUGAGAUGAAUUCAGUGCCCCUCUCCACGUUUCAGUGAGAUGUCUGGGGAAGUGUGACUAACACUUUGAAAUAGAUUAUGUGGCAAUUCUCCCAUAGGAUCCCGAAGACCUUUUGUUUACAUUUUAAAAUCUCAGUUCUCAUGAAGACAAAGGAAAAUGCAGGCAGCCUCCAGUGGUUAGGAAUUACUACUCAUCACCCACCUUUCUAAACCAUUUUACCUUCUGUGUGUCCCCACGCAACCAAAUAAAGGUCUUGGGAGCAGACCUACAGAGUAUGUAGGAAGCAGCUGGUAUGCACCAUCCUAGUCCCUGUCUGGUCUGCUCUCUCAGCCAGCAAAAGUGGGUGCUGUUUGCCUGUGUCAGUUUGCUUAUCCUGUAAGAUACCUGCCUGCAUGUCAGAAAGUGUGCUGAUUACAGUGUAGGGUUGGCUGAGUGAAAACACCUGGACUGUGGAUGUGGUCCAGAGCCUGCCUUAUUAUAACAGCAGGCCCUGUCACAGGCAGGCGGGGUUAUCCCCAAAGGGGACAACACCUAAGGGUAUUGCCGCUUUGGGGAGCCGCAGGGGAAGAGGAGCUCACCAGGGUCAGUCAGGAUAUGUAGGGCCAAGACUGUGGGACACGGCAUGGGCCGUAAGUUUACUAUCUUUGGCCUGAAUCUCUCAGUUGUGAUAGAUGAUGGGUGUCUGGAUGUGCAGGUAGCCAGGAGUUGUUAAAAUGCUGUCCAGUCUCAGUAGUCAUGGGCAGAGGAAGAUGCCGUUCAAGUACCAAGGCCUAGAUGUUUAAUCUGUGUUCCUCAUUCGAGUCCUCUCCUUUGGAAAGUACUAGUAGCAUAUCCACUGAGCCCUCUGGUUUUGUGAUGCUGUUACUGAAUGCCAGAUUGGUCUGUAAUAAGACUAUGUUCAUCCAUCAUAGAUGAACAGGCUGAUCUGACCUGCAUUACUGAGACUUGGGUGAGUGAACUGGGUGGACCUGACCUUACCCAGCUAUGCCCACCUGGGUACAUGAUACAACACUAGGCUAUACUACCAGGAGGUUGAGGGGGAGGUGUUGAUAUUGUCCAUAAAAACAUUAUCUCCUUGACCAGAAAACCUCUUGAUGUUGGAACAGGCUUAGAUGGUCUGUACCUGGUGUUGUUUAGAUUCAACUUACUGCUGGUCUGCUGGCCACCCAGUUGCCCAGUAGCAUCCCUGAUCGGGCUGGCCAAGGGGAUCUCUGGGGUGAUGGAGAACACCAGGGCGGUUGUCCUGGGUGUCUCCAGUAACCAUGUGUAGCUACCAUUGGGCCAGCUAUGAAUCUAUCUCCAGUAGUCUUUGGUCUGACACACCAUGCAGAGCAUACUCAUGAUACAGUCUUUGCCCCAAGUGAUACGAGAGACUGAGAAUAAGGGUGAGUGCAGUCUACUUCCUUGUCAUGGUGAGAUCUUUAUCCCAUUAUGUUUGGGCUGACAAUGGCCACCCCUCGCUUAAGACUAGUGAGCCCACUUGGAUGGAAACUGAUGUGUUCCUGAAAGCUCUGUGGGAUCUUCCAGUGGAGAAAGCCCAGGUCCUGCUAUGAAACAGAUAGCUGACAUGAUUGCUUCUGCAUGUCCUUUCUGGCAUUAUGGAGCUUGUGAGGUCUCUUGGUCUUCUGAGGAGCUCCAGGCUAUGAAUCAAGCCAGACAAAGACUGGCAUGCAAGUGGUACAAUCCCACUCCGAAGCCAACCAAACACUGCUUGGAGCACAUAAUUAUGCUCACUAUGUGGCAGUGCAGGCUGCAAAAAGGCUUAUUUUGCAGCUUGCAUUGCAUCCUGUAGUAGCAGGCAGGCAGAGUUAUUUAUGUGCAUCCCUCCUCCUCUUCCUUUUAGUUUCUACCAACAUAAAACAUGUAAAUAAGGAAAUAGUGGAAAAUCUUUAAACUUCAGAAUUCUUGAGCUGAUUUGUUUCAUAUGGCAUUUUCUAGCUGAAAGUAAAAGGCAGAAUACAUACAUUUAGCUGCAUUAUGGUUUUUCAUCUUUGUUCAAUGUUUAUAAAACUUCAGUAAGUUGUUGGUGGGAAACUGUUCCCUUCUUCCAAAAGUCCUAUUGCAACAUGUGGAUUCUGCUAGAUUUCAGAACAUACCAGAAGUUUUGCCUACCUUGUUUUCUUUUUCAAGGAGAAGAGGAGGUGGGGACAACCCCAUUUCAUGGUUGCUGGUAUAGUAAGCAUGUAGAGUGGUACCUCGGGUUACAUACGCUUCAGGUUACAUACGCUUUAGGUUACAUACGCUUCAGGUUACAGACUCUGCUAACCCAGAAAUAGUGCUUCAGGUUAAGAACUUUGCUUCAGGAUGAGAACAGAAAUCGUGCUCCAGCAGCACAGCAGCAGCGGGAGACCCCAUUAGCUAAAGUGGUGCUUCAGGUUAAGAACAGUUUCAGGUUAAGAAUGGACCUCCGGAACGAAUUAAGUACUUAACCCGAGGUACCACUGUACAUGUAAGGGUGAAUGUGGAGCUUUUAGCACCACCCUUUGAACAGACCUGCUAAGACUCACUUGUGUCUCCUGUGUUUCAGGUGAGUACAUUGCCUUGUACCAGAGUCAGAGGGCUAUCCUAAAGCAGCGCCACCGGGAGAAAGAGGAGUACAUCAGCCGACUGGCCCAGGACAAGGAGGAAAUGAAGGUGAGCAAGGGAUCUCCUCCCUUCCCACCAAGGGCUCUUUCUGACACAGUUCAGGAAGGGAGUGAAUCGGGUUGGUUGGGGUAUUGUGAGUUUCACACUGUUAAUGAGGGCACCAGCCACCCUUCGCUCCUGCACCUGGACUGCAGUGCUUACUGAGGCAGAUCUCUGAUUGAAGGACGGUCCACUGUCUUUAUUGACAGUCCCUGGCACACUGGAAGAAGACCCUCAGGCAGAGUCUGGCUCACCCCAUUUAAAGGACUAAACUGGUCUCCUGUUGAGCUCUGGGCACCUGUUGUUGUUGUUGUUUGUUGUUGUAAUCUGUGACCUUCCUGAACACCUCUGUCUGCCUGCAUGCACAAAGCCACUUCCACUGCUUACAAAAAGGUUUCUUAAAUUACUUGGAGAGCUUUAAAAGAGGAGUAGACAAAUUCAUGGAGGACAAGACUAUCAGUGGCUAUUCGUAUGACGGCUGUGUUCUGCCUCCACAGUUGGAGGUGGUAUGCUCCUAAGUGACAGUUGUUGGGAAUUGCAAGUGGGGAGGAAACUGUUCCACUCAGGUCCUACUUUGGUCCUUCCCAUAGGCAUCUGGUUGGCCACUGUGAGAACAGGACCCAUCCAGCAGUCCCUUAUUAUGUUUUUAUAUGUGUCCUGUACAUAGAUAACAGGAGACAAAGGGAAAGGAGAGGUUUGGGCUUGAUAAGAAGGGUGAUUCAGAAUCGUGCACCUCAGAUGAAAAUAAAACAUAGUUGACUUUGCUUGGUCAGUUACACAGUAAAUUAAGGUAGAACGAAGAAGUAGUGGUGGUACAAGCCUGGAUCGAAGGGGAAGAACACACCUCCAAUGUUUCUGCUUUAGCUCUAAAGAAAGUAAUGUAUCUGGAAACUUGCUUCUGGGAGCACCAAGGUUAAAAGUCUUUGCAAAUCAGUGUUCAUGCCUUUGUGCUCCUGGUGGUGCUAACCCACUUGGGUCCAUUAUGCCAACACAGGUGAGGGUGAUGUUGGAAGAAAACAAAGGAGAACAGUGACAGUGAGCAUGUGCAAAGCAGAGGCAAUAUAGAUGAGCAGAAAAAUUAAGGACCUUGAGAACUAGAAGCUUGAAUGCUUUAAAAGCUGUCAGGAACCAUUUUUUUUUAAUAUAUAUAUCAAGAUUAAAGAUUAGGAUUAAAAAGGAGGGAAAGGAACUGUUGGACUAACAUAUUUAAUUAGAAUACAAAAGAGGGAGGUAAGAGGAGAUCCGAGAAACAAGUAAAUGUAAAAGAAGUGAGGAAAAGAUGAAAUUGUUUUUAAUUGUUUUUUUCCCCUUUUUUACUUUGUAUUUUUUCUUUUUAUUGUUAAUUUUUUCUUCAUUAAUGUGGUUUUUUUUCUUGUGAAAUUUUAAUAAAUAUUAUUUUAAAAAAAUAAAAUAAAAGCUGUCGGGAACCAAUUCCAGGGACAUUGGAAGAAGAAAACCUAUUCAUUGUAAUGGGAGGUGGUAUGGUGCAUGUGGGACACACAGGUGGCUCUUGCUGAUUCCGUUUCCCUCUUUAUACUGCUCCAUUGCAGAUGAAGUUACUGGAGCUCCAGGAGUUGGUGAUGCGCUUGGUUGGGGAGAAGAAUGAAUGGUAUAUAAAAUACAUGGAGAUGGCUCAAAAUGUGGAUCACCAGUCUGACCCCAAGAGUGAAGCUGCUCUUACAGCAGUGAGGCACGUUGAGCUGAAUGCUACCGAUGGUGAAGGUGAGCAGUGGUGACAACCAGUGGGGGAAAUAGCUGCUGUAUCUUCAUGGGGAGUUCUAAGCUUAAUUUCAGUGUCUUGGUUUAGCCCCAGAAUUUGAGAAGUAUUAGUAAAUGUCUCUUUCUUUGAACUUGGGCAGAACUACUUUCUGCUCUCCACAAGCAACAGAAACCAUUUACCACACACUAGGGUUGAGGAGAGAGUUUUAUAGGUUUUGUGUGUGAGACUUCCAGGAAAAACUGAGACCAAAAAUUUCUCUCUAGAAGUUAAACAGUGUCUGCUAUCUUGCCUCCCAGGGUUGCGAGAAGUGAGUUUGGCAGAUGAGCCAGAACUGGAAUCCACAGCUUCACAAUCCCACCCAUCACACACUGACAACAAAGCUCCCCAGCCUGCUUCACAAGACCCCACCGCCAAGCAGAUCAUGCAUCUUCUACGUGAAAUUCAAAACCCCCGGGACAGGCUGGGCUCCCUCUUGCAGAACCCCUGCAUUCCCUUCUUCUAUCGAGCUGAUGAGAAUGACGAAGUCAAGAUCAUGGUGGUGUAACUUGGCAUGGAAUCUGCAAGGACGUAAAGUGCCCCGUGUUUUCUGUCCUGUAAUCUUCGGUUGCAGCAAGUGUCACACAUGGUGGUUGAGCUCAGUGGAAUUUGAGUGCCAGGCAUCCUGAGCUAGUCUUCCCCUUUUGCUCUUCCUGAGCAGAUAAUGUAGGGUUGUCAUGGGAAGUUCAGGAGAAGACUUUGGUUCUCCUGGCUUCUGCUUCAGGCAGCCAGUCAGUUUCCUCAGUCAGUGACUUUUGUUCCAUUUGUCAUUGUAGCCAUCAGCUCAGCACCUUUCUGUUAAUUUAUUCCAGGUUUAGAUGGUUUGGAUCCUCUUUGUCCCUUACCAUAGAUCUCUGUCUUUUUGCUUUAUUGCACAGUUGGCCUCCUGCCCAAAUUUAACAGCCAUCUUAAUCUCUAGCCCUCCUUAAAACGGAGAGCUCUGCAAAACAUUUUCCUUUUUGUCUAAUGACUUGGGACAGGCAGCUCAGGGGGAGAAUCUGUCUCCUGUUACCAUUUUGGCGUUGGCUUCUGGCUUUUUGGUGCAGAUGAUCUGAGGAUGGGAUGGAAAUGUGGCUGCGCUUUUGAAGGUGACAUAGUUUGCUGUCUCUGUUGGAUGGUUUUAAUUUUUUUAAAGAUGGGGAAACCUUUCUCCCCUCUUCUUUUUUAAAGGAAAUCACUGAAAAAGCAUACUUUUAUAUUGAUCUCUGGAAUUUCAACUACCUUUAAUUGGAUCUCCUUUCUUCCUGGUUGGGCAGUGGAUUAUUUUAACAGUGAGCAGGGUUGUUUGAAAUAUUUUUUUUAUCUCCUGUGGUUCUAAUACAGAACCAGGCCAGAGAGUUCUAUGCAGGAGGGUGUGUAUCAUAUGUUGAGUGAAAAAGGCAUUCAGAGCAGGUGCAUGAGGGAGGGACAAAGAUUUGCCCCAUGUCUAGCUUGAAUCCUACCUAGGAGGCCAUCUAUGCGAGAUAACUUUGUACAUUUGCAUACAGGCAGCAGAAGUAGCUGGCUGGUGACAUAGCUGCUUGUUUGUGACCAGGGUCCUUCCUGGAGGUGAAAAGUGCUAGCAAGGUGGAUGGGUAUUGCUGCUGUAUUGCACCUCCUUGUAAGUCAUUUUGCCAGUCGCUUACAUAAUAGAUUGUUGUAUCUUCAUCAGAGCCUUUCUUUCCAGUAGAACCUGCUAGAAAAAGUCCAUCCAAAGGAAAAGCACACAUGGAAGCUUCUUAAAAUGUAAGCUUCAUCCUUCGCCAGUUUUUCAGGAGAGCACGAUUGUAGACUUAAAUCACUGCACUCUUCCAGGAGAUUGGCACAGCUGUGAUGUCAGUGUUACUCCCUCAGUGCAUUGUGUUGGCACUACAAAGUGGGCUUGCGAGCUCCUGUUUGCACGAAUGUACAUAGUGUAUCUGUGUAACAUUUUGUAUAUACCUUGAAUAAAGAGGAGAAAAGUCUUUGGGCAGAAUUUCGGGCUGCCAGAAGUCAUCUUGUAAUCUUGUAUUUAAAAAAAAAAAUGAAAUUCAGUGGCGGGAGCCAGGAAUGUGAUUUAAUAUGGAACAUUGUGAAAUAUUUAUUGGGUGUCUGGUUUCUGGGAAUGUGAAAGGAAAACCUUUAUUAGAGAGAACUUGCAUUCUAUUGCAAAGAUAAUUUAAUCCUGUUACAAAUUUGUUCUUUCUGAAUAAACCUGUUCCACCUAUAGCA